UGAACACAGAGCAGGACUAUGCAGCAGCCUACCUGCUCUUACGCUCCUCGUGCCUGUCAGUCACCGCGCCACCGUCCAAUCGCAGCGCACGUGAGCCUGUGACUCCUCCCCAGUGUAUAAUUGAAGUUUCUUUAGUUUCUCCGGCGGAGCCUGCACGCAGUAUUGUCCAAACCGUGGAGGGAUUAAAUACACAACCGCGGGACCAUGUUUUCCAGGAGCCUGAACGUGUGCGUGAGCCUGUGUUUGUGGAUUAUCGCGUUAACGAGCCCGGGGAGUGUGUCCGCGAGGAAGCAGGACGACUCUUUCUUCACUGCCAGUAUUUACCGAGCAAGAUGCGCCUCGAGAUGCCUCAGUCUGCACAUCACUCGCAUCUCUGCUUUCUUCAAGCACUCUCAGGUAGGGAGAGCAUGUGGUCCCACAAUCAGAAACUUCUGGAAAUGUGUUGAAAAUGAGCAUUAAACGCAGUGUUCAAACGGUAUUUAAUGAUUAAACAUGUGCCAGUCGAUUCUUCCCACAUAAGACAAACCUGUUUCUCCAUUGUGAGGAGACAGGAGCAGGUCACUAGUGGUGCUGAAGUACUUUUCACUUGUGCUUCCUGGCUGGAAUAAUCACUGACACGGACGGUGGACCUUUUUGAAAGAGCACUUUGCCUCAAAAAAAGGACCAGUUGCAGAUAUAAGCGCCUAUAUGAUGGUUUGAGUUGCUUGCAAAGUUGUCUCAUACAGUCUUCUUGCCUGCAUGUGUAAUUUCACCAACACUUAUGUGACAGAAAGAUGAUGGAUAAAAUUCAGACUUUCCAUUCAUUAGUUGUCAUACUAAGAAAUAAGAAUGCAUUUCUCAUAGAAGUGGUUACAAACAGUGUUAAUUUUCAUCUGCCUGUUUAUUUUUGAAUGCAUCUGAUAAAUACAUAAUAGGGAAUGCACAGCAGAGACUCCAAGAACAUGCUGCAUUCAGCAGACUUUGCCCUAAGCUGACUAUAAAUUAGCCAUAUCCUUCUUUUGAUUUGGUAUGUGGUGUCAGAAGUUGUUUUUCACCCUCCACUGGACACCCUGUUCCCCUCCCAGGACUCCAGAAUAAAAAGGGUCUGGUCACUGAUCCUUCUCCCCUCUACUCCUUUUCACCAGCUAUCUAUCUGGUGACCGCCUUUAGACUCACUUCAUUUGCAUUUGCAAGGCUUGUCCUCUCCCGAAGGUGCAUUAAUGAAUCCCUAAUUGUUCAGAGACACUGUGGGGCAAGUUAAAAUUGUAAUUGGGUAUAAUUAAUCAGCAGAAGGCAUUCCUUGUUUGCUCGUCACCAAUUAACUUACUUUGAAAGCACUUAUUGAUCUGAUGCAGCAGCUCUAAAUGCACCUUCUGUGGUUAAUUCAGGGUAUUCGCCAAGAGAACAAGAGCUUAGAAAGAUGCCUCUAACUACAUUAAACAGACUGAUAAUAGCAGCAGAACUGUGCAUCCAGGGGACACAGAUUGAAAACAGUGUUUCUUAAUACACAACUUGGCGAGCAGAGCGGGGGGCUUUGUUCAAGAGAUUCCAGCGGUAUAAUGCAGCCCUGGGUUGCAAACUUUGGGAAUUAAAUUAGUCACAAGCUGACUGUGGAGUCAAAUAAAUGAUGGAGGUCUCACCUCUAAUAUACUGCUGAUAGUCAAUAUAAUUGAGUGCAGAGCCUUGGAGUCUGGGGCAGCCUUUCACUCAGUGAGGGGAGGUAUUUGUCUGAAGAGAAAAGCAUUUUUGUGGUUUGUGAUAAGCAAAGAUUGCUCAAGCAAGUGUGCACGUCUAAGAAUAGAAGGCAAUUGUUGAUAAUCUGCAAGGACUGUCUUAUGCGCAGUCCUUUCAUGUGAAAAUGGGGGGUCUGGUCAGCUGCAAAAACAUAUGGCCCCCAUCCUCCCCCCUCCUCCCUGCCCUCUACCCCCUGGCCCUGCCAAUAAAUGCCAGCAUCACACCUCAUAGGCAUGCAGUGGAUACACACAGGGCUACCGAUCCUGUGCUCAGCAGAGGUCACCUUCCUGCUAAAUGCUGGCUCCCAAUUGUGCUAAAUGUGAUAAGCUCUAAUGUGCUGUUGCCACAACACUGGAGCAUGCUCACUCAGCACAACCUACAGGUGGAUCUGUUUCCUCUGCCAGAUCUUAUUACAGCCUCUCGCUCCACUCCAAUGAUUGAGACGACAGACCUCUUAAUUCAACUCCAACAUCCUUCAGGGGUCAUUUAAUACUUGAUAGGAAAAACCAAGACUUAAAUAACUUUCAAUUUCAGCAAGUGGGAGCUGCCUUGGCUCGGACUUUUAUCUCAACAGGUUUUUAAUAUUUUAUCGUGUCUUCUCAAUAUCUCGCAAUCUAGAUGGACCAUUACUUAUUUUGGUUAUGGCACUACAGACACUUGUCCUCUUAAUUCUUUCUACAGCUGGAAUUAAAGACCCUGUUUUUCAUAUCAGCGCUAAUAUGAUCAUGGUGUGAACACUGGAAUGAUACCGGAUGAAUUUAGCGCUUGCAGAUGUUGUGAACACCCACGCGGCGUUUCUUUUAUAAUGUGGCUGAACACAAGAGGACAAUCAGAGGCUUUGUUUUAAUUGACACAAUUUUGAAUAUGUGUGAAAUGAAAACAAGCAUGGAGUCGCAGAGUCGUGAAACCCACGGGUAGUGCGUUGGUUUGUCAGAUUUAUUACAACCGUGGAUUUACUGUCGCAAUAGUAUUUCCAAACACAGAUUUAUUGACAUUUUACUCCACAUUUGGGGAACUUGUCACCCCGCUAUGAUAGACAGAAGGCAACACCCAGCUGUAAAUAUUAGCCUCGGACACUCUAAAAUAUUAAGAGCGAGCUGGGAGCCCUGUGCAAUCAUCUAGUCUGAAAGCAUCAGCCUUGUAGUGGAUUAUUUAUGUGGGGACGUGUGAAGCCAAAAACAAGGUGUGUCCAUGAGGUCUUGUUAUUACAGUCAAAGCAAUAAAAGUCCAACAUUUUUAAAUCCACUCAUUCAUUUCUAAUGUGCUGUGCAGCAACGUCUAAGCAUCCUAACUGAGAGAUUUGUGCUCUGAGCGAGGGGAAGAAAAAACAUUGGAAAGUAGUUUUUCCGUGUCCCCCUUGUUUUCGCCUUUGAUAUUGAAUAACCUGCGGUGGAAUCAAACCGCAGCCAGAGCUCGUCUCAUGUGUGGAGUUUUUCAUUAGUGAAGACAGCGGAUGAAUAGGGGUCUAUGUAGCUUGGCCUCACCUCCCUGUAAAUGCUUUUAAACCAUGACAGUCCUGUCUGUAAAAUCACAGCCCUCCACUGCUGCUACACCCUUUUAGCUACCUCACUUGACAAAUAGCCUUCAUUCCUAAGUGGGGACAACUUUACACCGACGUUGUUUGAGAUCUCUGGAACACCCUGUUAUGUUCACAUUGGAUAUGCGCUGAGCACAUUAGCUCACUUUCAGAGCGCCUGUCGAAUAAUUCAUAAAAAGUGAAUUAUUAAUGAGCAGGAUGACCACACAGUCGCACCCACUCAAGUCAAAGCCUAAAUCUUGAGGCCCUUUAUUUAAGCGCUGCAUGUGUGCCCUUUAAGGAUCAGUUAUUUUGGUGUAGCCUGAGGACCUCUUAGCUGUUAGAGGACACACAGAGACACCCGUCUGUCCUUUGAAGUCCUGUAUCCUGUUAACUUGACCACAAACGUACAAGGUCUCAAAGAGCAGCAGUAGUUGAAUGCUGUAAAACGUGUAGGAAAGCCUGAAUAAGGUGGAAAAAAAAACCGGCUUACUUGUGUAAACUGAGAUACAUUUAAUCCAAAUCAGAGCCUCACAGGAAACAAAAGAUUUCCAGUUUCAAAAGGUGGAAUGCUAUCCUUGGAGAUAAAAGGGGUUUUGUCCGUGUUCCUCUCAGUUGUCUAGACAAUACAACACGCCCCCGGCCACCUGCUCUGCCUUCUCAGCUGACAACACCCAUAAUGUAUCUGUGUGAUAAACCCUCCUGUUUACACGACUCCACCAGUGACACCAACAAAAGCAGCGUGUUCACCUCAUCCGCACACUCGAACGCCGCUGUCUGGUCCCGUCUUCCUCGACCCUGGUCACACAGGAAGAUAUCUGGAAAGUGUUCAUUCAGCCGAGUCCUUGACAGUCCUCAGCACUGCAUAAUGUUCAGCCUGCAGAGGAAUGUCAUGGUGAGUCAGAGGGAUGAAGUCCUGACCUAUAAUUAUUCCCCCGUUGGUCCCUGACAUGGUGGGGUCAGGCCUGGACAGCUGGGGCAACAUCCUGCUGAGCGUCUCUGCUGCGCGGAUGCUGUCACAUAGCAAAAUUAGCUCCUCUGUGGAUCCGGCCCUGUCGCUGAUGAUGGAUGGGCGAAGAAAGGUGUCAAAAAAACAGGAUUGAUGAUUUAGGACACGGUCUAGAGUUAUGACAAUCUAUAUAAAUUACCCCGAGGAGAUGGCUGCCAGUGUAAAUGUCAAGGUUUUUAUUUACAGUGUGUCAACAACAUAGGCUUUGGCUUGGUCUGAUAUUUUUUUAGAAGUCAUUAAGCGUACACCAGACUGAUUUUAAUCAUUUGAUACAGUACAAAAUGAUUUACUCAUGAGGGUAGAAUCAUAUUUUAAUCAAAGUUUGGCCAAACAUAAAGAAGGUUUCCAUUACACAGAAAAGGUCAGAAAACUUGCUGAUGCUCAUUCAACUCCUCAGCCAAGUCAGCACUCAUUCCCACUUUCAUUUGGUACCAAAUGAAACAACUAUUAGUCUCCUUGACGCCCACUCUGAUGUAUUUUUCAUCCUUAUCUGUAGUUUUUUGUUGAGGUGAUUCUCUUAAGACAUAACCAAACAAUCAUGGAUUCCUUUGAAGCCAUUCGACCAUUAUCCUUGACACUAAAAGCAAAGCACUCACUGGUACUGGAUGUUAAAUUAAACCCUUUAAUGAUAAGUUCUCUCCCAAGGUCUCAUGGGAAAUUUCUUCUGGAUUACAUGGUGGGAAAAGGCUUUGAACUUGACAUUGAACUUAAGCAGACUUUUUGCCUUCAGACCCCUAAAGUUUGGCUGUAUCCCAUGUUUCAUUGCUUUCAUUAGGAAGCGCUGGAACAUCCAAAGUGAGGCUCAGAGUCAGGUCAUUGACGAGAAUGAGUCCAUUAAUGAAACUGUUGAACUUCUUACUUGGAAUGAUUUAUCCAGAUGUGUUGAAGGAGGUGGUGGCAAAGGGACAGAAGGGCCUAGAGCUGCUGUAAUGUUUGUAUAAUGAAAAUGAAACCUACUACCUUUAUUAAUGCGUCAGAUGUAGAGGUAGAUCCAUCCACUGAAGUAAUCGCUGCUGUAUUCUGCUAAAUAUAUCCUUAUUCUUUUGGUUUAUGGGCCCACUAAUGAGCUUUUUGGGUUCCCUCACUCUCAAGACUCGUGUUUCUGUUUCUAGGCAGUUUCAACCUUUCAAAAAUGAGGAAGAAACAAUCUGAGAUGUUCUUCAAAAGGUAAUGGUUUAGACAAAAAGGAGCUGGAAGUAAAAUCUGCACCUUCAUUUGUCAAGUGACCAGAAACCUGACUGAUAGACUACAAAUUCAUGCUAUUGCCCAUAUGGCUAAGGUGUUUCCCAGCUCAGAGUUUGUUACCCCGUCUAAAGGUGUCCAUAAAUUGUGUUUUUGCAGGUUUAAACCACUGACCUAAAGGUCCCUUUUUGGUAUGCACAUCACAUUAGGAGAUGUAGCCCCUUUAAUGUUCAUCAACUGGUCAUUUAUGCUAAAGCACUCCCUUACAAUUGCCUUCCAAGCACAAUUAUGUUUGCAGAAGACGACAGCAUAAUUCCUCGCCCUAUUAGAAUUCAGGAAAUGACCACUUGCACAAGCCAUUUACCCCACUGGUCCUUCGCUCGACAGCUCUCCAUAUUUACACACAGAGGCUUUGGAAAUACACAGCACUAUUGGGACCAAAUGUUUGCCUCCUCAAAUCACAGAAGGUGGCACUUCCCCAGCAAUUAGAGGAAAUUGGCAGUAUCUGCAGUCUGCACAGGAGUGCUGACAUCAGUUCCCGCCUUAGUGACCUUGGGGACUUAUGUUGAAAGAUCAAACAAGUUGUCAGAAAAAAGCUGAGGUCACCAUGCUCAGCUGAAACUGACCAGAGGUUUGCCCUGGCCCCCGCUGCGGUGACCCCACUUUCCUGCUUGGGUUACAUGCACUCAGCACGCCAAGCUGGCUCGAAUUCUCCCUGUGAAAUGUGUGGACUGUUGGGUGCAAUUUCUCCUCAAAAAGGCCAUUGCUCAAGAGAAAUGUGGAAACUGAUUGGCGUUGAUGUAUUUUUAAACAACAUCUCUGAUCACUGAUGAUGUUUUCCUGUUUUUAUUUUUACAGAAUAAUGGAUCCUUGGUGUGGUGCCAGAAUCACAAGCAGUGCUCCAAGGUAAUGUGGUUUCACCUCUAUCACGAAUGAGACGCACGCUACAUACAUGCCUCAUUAUCAGCGGAUAAUCUACCAUAAAGUGCACGAGUCACGACAGGACUAGUUUUAUCAUGCCCGCAGGAAUCUCUCCUGAAUCAGUUGACAUAGACUAACCAAGAAAAACCCCGUUCUUUUCAUCUUCUUCAUAAUAGAUUGCUUUUGCUUUCACUGAUACUCAUUUGUAAACGGGAUAUAAUUAAAUGCAAUUUGAAGAGGUUGAAAGCCUGUUGAUUUACGAAAGCAAAACAUGAUUGUUUUCCUACUCUUGUCAUUUGGAAUUUCGCUCGGAUGUUUCUUGGUACGUCUCCCUUAGGGCUUGUUUGUGUUUCUCGAGCUCUGUCCCAACGAAAGGUUGAUACAAAGCUGGUGUCGACAGCUGCCCUGAAAAGACGGCGCUGACAUAGUCUAUCUGACCCUGCUGGAGCUGUUGACAAGACCCUCGGAGAUGUGCUGUAAAGACUGUAGACAGAGAGGAGCUCAAAUAAGAAGGAUGAUACGAUGGAAGAGCCAGGUCUGAGCAGAAAUGUGAACAAUGCUCCCUGUAGCUGUCAGAAGCUCUCAUUUCCUCAGAUACAGACCGUGAAACCAGGACUCAAUCCUUUUAGCCCUUUAGGGCUCAAAAUAGGACACAGACAAAACAAAUUCAUCACCAAAAAUCCCUCAAUGUCCAGGUUAGACAAAUUAGAAGUAGUCCCUGUAUGUAUUUAUAGCUUUCCUCUUAGAAAUGAACAGACUUUGGUUUUCUUGUUGACAAAUUGGGCCAAUCACAGAAUUGCAAUGAUUAAUUAGAAAUUCAGGAAAGAGCGGUGAAAUUUCUUCCUCGUGCUUAUUUAACACGGCCUCACGUUUGUGUGUACAAAUUAAUCACAAUCAGUGUCUUGUAUCAACUGCUUCAGCAAAAUAACCCGUGUUUGAUUUCCAAACUCCUUCUUUGAAUUUCAAAUUGUUUCCUUGACAAUUUGCAUUUGCCCGGGAUACAGCAGAGCUAUUGUGCUUUGUGCUUUCCAUUACAUCUGCAAAUGUAUAGCUUAUUUCCUGUCUCAGCAUGGCAGUUAUUCAAAACAUGUUGAUCUGUUGCAGCGCUGAGUCGAUCUUGAACCUUUUGACCAACCUCAACGGUUGAUUUAAAGUCUUCUCAGUGACUUCCAAGUGGUUAUUGAAGCAUCUGAAGGCGAAACAUGAUUAAUUUCAGCUUGUCUACAUGUCACAAAAACAAAAAAAUGGAUAGGAAAUAUGUCAUCUUUGUGCUUAUAAAUCUUGGGUGUCAAGUUUAAAGUGCAUUGGAGGCACUAAAUAAGGCAAACCCCCUUUGUUCCCCCCCAUAAUGCUCUCAAACUUGUUCUCUCCUUUCCACUGUGAUGGCCAACACUGCCUUUUGGCACCCGUCGCCCUCCGGUCUUUCAGCAGAGUUUUAUGUUUUGAAAAAGGAUUUUGCUGGCUGUGAGUCUGAACCCAGCACACUGUUCCCAUAAUCAACCAGCUGAAACCCUUCAAAAGUCCAAAAACUCUGUAAUGGACUUCUUGUUCUCCCCGCUAUAACAAGCAUGUCACUUAGCACUUCUUUAUCCUGCUUGUAAGCUGUAAAUAAAUGAGGCAGGAUUUGAUGUAAGCCCUUAAAAAUAAUGAUAUGUUUGUGUUGCUGCUGUGUAACCACGGUGCUCUGCCAAUCUGCCAUUUCAAAUACAUUCAAGAGUGCUUUGAAUUUAAUUAACUUAAUUGUAUCCUAGGUUUUGGUUUAGCCAUUCAGGGCUCCGGUUAGGGCACAGAGCUGAGGUCUAAUUUGCAGCCAGAAGUCAAUAUUUUGGUUGCAAACAUCCGCACACUUCACAUCUCCAUGAAUGCCUCUAGUGCACACUUGAGACCUGUUUGCAGAGUGUCAAAACACAGGGCUAUUGUGGCCACUCUUAACAAUUGUUCCAAAUGGGCCCAUGCUGUACAGUGGCUCCUGUGAAUAGCUCUACAACCGCUGAUUAGCCUCUUCACUUCAUCAACAGCUCACACGCAAACAGAGAGACAAAGGCGGUGGCUCCUGGGGAGUGCGUAGGGGCAGAAGGCCUGUCCACCCAGAGCUCAGUUAAAGAGCCCCCGCCUGUGAGGGGAAAAUGGGAAGACGGGCUGCCUAUUAAUUUAGACAAAGAUGCUCUGACCUCGUCCAUCUGUCUGCAUUUUAGGAAAUCAAAGCCUCCUGUUGCCAUUUGCAAUGAGAAAGUCAUCCCGGUCAUUGCGUUUGCAAUGACCAGAGUCAGCCCAGCUUUCAGUGUCCCCAUUGUGAUGGUAAUUAACCUGCUUGCCCUCUCUCCAGAGCAGAGCGAGGUGGCAUUUGGAGAGCCAGGGAGUCAUUAUAAUGCCAUAACAGUGGACCAGCAGACAUUCAGCUGGGGGACGCUGGGGGAACAGACAACAGCAGCAUUUCUAUGAGCUAUUGUCAUUUCGCCUCCCUACUGUUAGAGCCCGAGAAGUUUGGAUGUGUUCCCUGAAAGUUUUCUAAACUCCAGGGUGUUCUUCUUUUUCUGCCGCGGCAGAGAAAAUAGAUUUUGUGCGUGCGCAUGAGAGAGAGUGCAGCAGAGCCAGCCAAGGAGCUUUCCACAUUGAGAGCAGGGCUGAUAUUAGCAAUGGGUUUGCUUUUCCCCAUGGGUGUGAUCCAGGCUCCAAAUCAAAUGCUAGGAUUGACUUAAAGGCAGCUAAAUGUCGGCCUGCAACAAGGCAGUGUGCUUCAUUACUCAAACUUCUCUCAGGGAGGGUAGAGAAGAAAGGACAUGUGCAUUAUGCCUGAAUAAGUUAGCCUGUGGUGAGUCAUUGGAUUGUGGCCAUCACAUAUAAAUCUUGGGGAAGAGAGUGUCACAUUUUCUUAAAAACACACUGAAUAUUCUGCACAUUUUUAAAAAGCUGUCUACUUUGGCCUCCACGGGGACUGAUUACUCUAUGAACUAGAUUGAGAGGCAAUUACUGAGCCGGAGAGUCAUAAAACUCAGUCUGUAAUGUAACAUCUUCUUGCUGGGACGUGUUGACUUGGCCUUCCAUUUCUCUUAAGCAGCAUUUCAGAGCAUCCAGGGGGGAAAACAUUGCCUGGUUGCCAUUUGACGCCAAUAAGUCGUGCGUGUCUUUCAUACUCACUCUACUCAUCCCAGGUGGCUGUUUUUUUUUCACCAAUCACACUCCGAGUUGACACCAGCUGGUGAAAAAAUAGCUGGAUUACAUGCGUCUUCGUCUUCACAUGUUGGAGGCUUUGGAGCUGAAUGAAUAAUCUCUGGAAUGCUACCAUGUCUCAUUCAAAAGUGUCUUUCAAAGCCCAUCCUACCAACCCCCACAUUUUCUCACGCCAAAAUAAAAUAGCCCCAACUUCCCAUCGCUUGAUCUUUUUUUCAGGGUCAGCUGAACCUUAAACAUUUAAUAAGGAGCCCAGCCUCAUUUUUGAGAGAAUAGAAGCACAUACUUUGAACAAACCACUUUCUCCUGGAGCUUUGCGAGUGUGUCAAUGCAGUUUACAAGUCUUUUGUGUGGUCAUCGGUUCUUUGGCGGUGGGUAGUAUAUUACGGCGAGCUCUGAAAAGACGUGAUAAAGUGGGUGCUGGAUGGUAGUUUUUAUGGCUGGGAUUGUUAGGCGCUUAGACGGACUUCAAAGCACCUUUUGGUCAUGUUGGGGCCAGACGUUGGUCUUGCCUCCCGUGUGUCAGCCACAUUACCAGCCCCAACACCUCAAAGCAAAACCAGACUGGAAAUCAAUCCAUCAAGUGGGCAGCGUGUCUGGGUCGAAUAUAAAAUCCAAGAAACAGUCCUUCCUUUUGUGCUUGAUUGAUUUUCUAAUUUCAUACAUUCACUGAAGAACUCUUAAGGUGGUGGGGAUCAUGUGAAGAGACAUCUCGGUAGUUUCUUUCUUCUUCUUUGAGGCGGUGUGUGUGGGUGGCGGAGGAGUGUGAAGCAGGGGCUGGUCAGUCCCAGCAGGAAGGACCUGAUCUGGACAUGGUUGUUAAGUUUCAUUGGCUAAAGGGGGGGUCGCUUCAUUGGCUGCUAUCUGUAGAGCUCAUUAUUCACAUGGUGGGUGGCAGAGAAUGAAAACCCCCCACAGCAGAAAAAGCAAAGACACGGCCACAGAAAGAGAGAAAGAGGAGAGUGUGGUGGUGCAGUUCAGACUUCCCCGGCAGUGAAAGUUCACAUCUGUCUAAAGCUGCUCUGUUCAGUUUGUGAGUGAUGAGCACUCCAGGAAAUCCUCCACGAAAAGAAAAACCCUCACCGCCUCAUACAGACGUGUGUUAUUAUCGAUCCCUCGGUGCAUGAGGGUCUUUUAUUUUGUAGACAUUUGUUUUUGUAGAUCGCAGCCUUUCGCAGAUCGCCUGAUUUCACAUGUUCGAGCUGUCAGAAGGGAUUUGAUUCUCUUGAAGGAUUAAUGUAAUCAAAGCUGCUGUGAAAUCCUCUUUUAGCAAUAAUGACCAGUCACACUGAGACAAUCUGCUGUCAUCCAAGUGUUUAUUCCCGCUCUCAGGAUGCUCUGGCUGCGUGUCGUGGGUUACAGUGGGCUCUUCGUGUUUCUUUUGCGUACUUGUUGAGAGGUGCUAAAGCGGAAAAGGAUUCCGCAGCUCCGCUCAAGUUGAAAUGUGGCAACUGGAGCCACCGUGCCGAGAGUCACAUAGACGGCAGAAAGAUUAGGAUGUAAGAAUCUUAAAGCUGAUGUACUUAGUUGAUGUGGGCUUAUCAAUUUAUUCCGGCUUCAGUCAAAGCUGCUGCGCCCUGCAGAUAAAUCCCACAGAUUGUGUGUGACAGUUUCAGGAUGUUUGACAACCAGAAUGUGUGUCAAAGCCUCAGUGAUAGACAGCUUGUUUAACCUUUGACGCUGAGAUGUAUUCUCCUGCAGAGUAAUUUGUACUUUGGAUUUCGAGACUGCACAUGUAUCCCGGAUGAAAAGAGCCGCCGUCUUCUGGCUCUUCUGUUUGUUUUCUGACAAACCCCAAAAGUCUUCCUCACCCAGCCUGCCCAGAUUUGCCCUCUCUUUGUGAAGGCUUUGUUCUCCGCUUUUGAAAUCCUUACAAAAGAGAAAUCAAUCAUCACUUUAAGAAGAUAGAGCAAGUUAUGACGCAGUUAUAGCGCUGCACACUGUUUCUCAGUGUGUGUAUGAGUGUGUGUGUGUGCCACAAGCCAGAACUACAGAUAAGAACCGCUGGGGUAAAGGAGCUGUUAGUGGAUGCUGGAGAGGCCAAGUAGGAUUAGCGAAUUUCAAGUGUUUCACAGACUCAAAUAAACAAGUGGAGAUAGUGCUGGAAUGUGACUGCAGCGUGGGAUUAAGGCGGCUUUACUCCCCUUGGACGACGUGUCAUGUUUUACAUGUCGCUGGCCUACAUUGACGCACAAUCUGCAGGUCUCAAUUCAUUAGGGAUGAUGGUGAUUGAGGUUGAGACGGCUUGUGUGGUCAGUGAAAGGAUGAGCCAGUGGGGACGAAGUUUAUUUGAUCUUGUUUUGCAUCUGAAAUGUCUGGUGUGGUCCAGACAGAAAGCUUUUAAAAAAUGUGCAGGGAAAAUUAAAGUUCGUUAUCGCUGCUGUAAAUCAACACAAUGGACAGUUUUGGAGCCAAAGUAUGUAUUUGUUUUCCUUGUAUUUACUGUAAUGUGGUGGUGGAACGACUUCACCCCUAUUGUUCCUCUUCUGUGUGUUACUCAUUGCGUAGAUUUCCCACCUUGCAUUCACUAGUGUGAGUGAAUAUGUGUGAAUAGGACUGGUUGUUUCUGAUGGUAGAGCAUUCAGCUAUCAGUAUGAGAAUUUAAGUGUAAAUGUCACUCUGAAUGUGAGAUGUUGUGACAAAGCUUCAUAAAGUGCUUUAAUAAUAAUAAUAAAUGUGGUCCAUUUAUCAUUUGGCACAAGACAGAGCAUUAGUUUAAUUAUCGCACUAAGCCAGACUCCAGGCGACUGCUUCAUGCGUGCCAAAACAAGCAAAAAAGUUCUUGAUCAGAUCGGCAUGUUGGGGUGUUUGUGGGAUAAGCUGAAGUUUAUCUGCUUUAUUUUAUGUUUUGUGAAAGAUUAAUGGAACUGAUUUUUGGAGUAUUUUUGUGGAACAAAGGAAGCGUACUGGUGAGAAGAUGGACAAACUGUAAAGAAAGAGAUUGCUGAAAUUACAGCAUUGGUUAAAACAUGUCUAAAACUUGUUAACUCAUCAUCAGUGUCUGUUUUUGAAGUUUUAAUGUGGGCCUUUUUAUGGCUAUAUGAAGACACAGCACUGUGGAUAGAGUUGAAGGACCUGUGGCAAGCUGUUAUCAAACCUGGGCUGCCCUCUUUACUACACUUUGUAUGCAGCUGCUGAAACAAACCGAUGCUAACACACUUUUAAAACCUUUUGCCAUCUAAAAAGGGAACUGCAUCUUUGCACUACUUAAAAAUGGCACUCAGAGAAACAAGGCACGAUGGAAAUGUAGCAGGAAGGACCAGGCUAGUCGGCAGAACCAAGACUUGCUGCAUUUUCAGACAAUUCGUUGUGGAAAGAAGCGGGAUUGCAACCUUAACAUGGUAAAAACUAGGGGUGGGAAUCACAAGUGGCCCCAUGAUACAAUGUUAUCACGAUACUUGGGCCACGAUAUGAUAUUAUUAUGAUACUUGGGCCAUGAUACAAUAUAUCGCGAUUCAUACAAUUUUUUCCAACCGUCUAGCUAAUUUAGCAUUUGUCUUUCCUUAAUGUUUGUCUCAUUAACACAGUAUUUUAUUUUCAGGUAGCACAUCUUGCUAACCAUAUGUGUCAGGUCUAUCCCAUUUGUGCCCUGCUUGCAUUCCCAAUGUCUUUCCCCAGGUGCUGCUAUAUUUGUCGCACUGACUUUCUCCUGCUCUAUAAUGUCUCCUCUGCCAACCUCACUGGACAAACAGUUGAUUUUAUUUUUCCAUUAUCAUAGAUUGAAUUCAUAUUAGCAAUUAAUUUGAAAAAUCGGUACUUGGGAAAUGAGACGAUACAAUAUAUCACCAGACAAAAUAUCGCGAUACUAUGCUCUAUUGAUAACCCUGUAAAAACAAGAAAGAGCUUCACAUCUGCACAGUAAAUGCAUGUUGUGGACUUUUCUGGAUGCGAUGGAAACUGUUUCACAAGAGGACAGUUUAAACAUUUUUUUCCCUCUGAGAGACAGUCUCACGGACUGCUGCAGCUUAUAGACUGGAUUUCGUGGUGGUUAAGUUUUAUUGAAAAGUCAGUCGCCACAGACAGUUGAAACAAAUGAGUUUUUGGGUUAGGGGAAUGUUCUUAUUAUUCAAUUUCUGUGCAUCUUUCAUUGUGGGUGUUUUCACAGUGGUGGAGUAAAUACAGUAAAUCAUGUUUGGGGCUGAUCUGAUGUCGUUCUUCUCAGAGAGCAGCACAGAGGGUUUGGCUUUCCCAUGCCACGUCAAAGCCGGCCUCUUUAUCAUUAAUCUGACCCCACAUGAUGGAUACAUCCUGUUGAGUCUAAUUGUCAUGAAAUGUAAACUGAGCCCAGAGGUAGGUGAUAACUGCGGCUCCAGUUACAGCCACUGUAAUUUUGACUCUUGAACAACAUGAGAUGCCAGAAGGACCUGUAAGAGAAGGAGGAGGGUAGGGGGUGUCUGGGUGAAACUUCAGAGUCAUUAACUAUUAAGUGAACUCUGAUUGCAUUCCACAGCAGACAAAGCACAAUUCUGGCUAAGCUGUGUGGGCUUUUUUGCUCAUAAAUAAAGCAGGCACCUCUGAUUGUGGGCUAAAUGUAUAAUUCAUGCACUGCCCCUCCUGCUCCUCCUCCUUUUUCUUCUCACUUUCUGCCGAGCUCUUCCUUUUCAGCCUCUUUGUUGUCUGCACCCUCAACUGCAUUUAAAUUAAUAAUUAAAGUGAUGCUCAAAGAAUGUCUGUGACACCACCUGCUAGGUUACUCACCGUCUCCCGGCCUCACUUUGAGAAACAAAACAGAAAAGUCUUGUACUGUAUACGUUUCAGCUUACCCCACAGGAGCUGGAGCGCCGCUGUUUUAGUUGGUUGUAAACGCGGAGGAAUUAUGACACUGGCAGCAGUCACGGUGAGCGUAAAGCACUUUAAGAUUUGGAAAAAAGUGUCAUUACUCAUGUAAGGGUAAUUUGAAGAAGUCUGCGCAGUUAAACUUUGAGAUGAUAAUUUCGAGCAGACAUGUUCAAAACCACACUGACAUUUUUUGCAUUUCUCAGGUGCUGCAGGAUAUUGCUCCCUCAGACCUGCUGUAAAAGUAAAAGCGGGGGAAAACAGAUGCAGUAAUAGUUGGCAUCAUUUUUGGUCAAUCAAUUACUAAUUCCUGCUUGCACAGUGCAAAAACCACACAGUCAUGCUUUGAACAAAGGCCAGGGAUAGACCAUACUUUUUGAUCUAUUAUUAAAGGAGAGAACAUCAAUUAAUCAGUCUUGGAACCUAUCCGUCUUUGUUUUAUGACAUUUAAACCUCUGGAGGUGGCGGCCAAAUUUCCAAGGCUGUUAGCUAUAAAAGGCUUUAGGCAAGGACUUCCUUUUCCAUAUGUUGCCAUCGUUCACAGUCUGAUAAUGACUUUUUGAAGUGAGAAUGGCGUUGGUGUUGAGAAACAGCAUCGAAGAGUAGAUUAAUAGCUGCACUUGCACUCAGGUAUCUGUUGGUAGAGAUUAUUUAUAGUUAUAGCUGCGGUUAGAUGACCCCAGCAGGGUUCCUAAGUGCAUUAGAGAGCACCAACUCUUUGGCUCUCCACACACCCACUGUUUUUCUGCAUACCGUCAAAACCUGUGAGACAGUACCAUUAGGACUACAAAUUCAGAGAUGGUACCCAAGUGAGCAGCCUAUUUCUAUUUUUGGCUAAGUAUCAUGCACAUAAUGUUUCUUUUUUUCUUCCUGUAUUAGAGCAUCAUCCAAACGUAAUGAUGUAGAUGAGCUCUGGUUCAUUUUAGCCCCUUGCCAAUAGCCUAAAGUGCCUGACUCAGAAAGAGAAAGGUCCCACCAGUUAUAUUUAUAUCUCAUACACAGUACAUUAUCAACCCUAUCAUACCACUGUAAAAAAGUGCAGCAAGUCAUUCUGCACUAUCAUAGUUUUGGAUUAAUGCAAAAUCACAUAUCAUAAACAAGUCUUACUCACACAGGGAUGACUUCAAUAUGUUAUUUUUUCAUCUUUAUGAAAUGCAUUGCUGAAAAAUAUUUCCUCAAGAUUUAAAGGUUGGGACAAACUGUGACUAAAGAGAGGAAAACUGUCUCUGCAGUGUGUGAGCAGGUAACACUAAACAGAAAUCUGAAUACUUCCAGGAACAAAAUCUCGUCCUUUGCAUACAGACAGAUUCUGCGGUUUUUUUUUUUUUUUUGCAUAGAGAAUAAUCAUACAUAAGAAAAUAGUUGUUGAAAGCAAAAAGCCUUUCUUUAAACAGGCAUAAACCAGACUCUCUGGUGAACAGCCAUCUGCCAAACGGGUUGUAAAAGUGAGAUAGAGUAGGAGGCAAAAGGAGUUAAGUAAAUCUGCAAACAGACUUCGCAGCAAUAACAAAUAGUAAAAAUAAAUGAUGCAGACUUACUGUAGCAAAGAAAAACACAAGCCUAGAUGUAUGACCACUAACAUUAAAAACUAUUUGGACGAUGAUAUAAGCAUAACUGAUAAUAAUACAUGUAGCAGUAAGAGUCAAGCAGGUCCAGAGUCCAGCAGGCAGUCUGUGAUCAUAAUCCUGGGGGACUUGCAGACCUUGACACAAACGUUCUUACAGUGUAGAUACUCAGACCUUCAGGUAGACAGAGGAGACUAACUCUCCCAGACAGACAUCACGUAACACCUCCGUCACUUGAACAGUGUGCGCAGACAGACACACUCUGAUUGUUGUCUUUUUGUAGCCCUGAAUACAGCAGUACUCCUGUAAAGCUGAGUUUGCAGAAGCUUAUGUAAUUCCAGUAUUGAACCCCCCCACGCAUCUGCUGCUGUAUAAUUUUAGCCAAGCGUGCCCCCCAAAAUAUCAGAGCAAAACUUUGUAUGAAUAUUUAAGAUGUACUGACAAAGCACAGACGAGGCUUAAGUUGCUGGAAAAAGAACAUCAGCAUUGGCUGGGAAUAAGUCCAACAGCUCUAAUAUAAUUAAAUUUUCACCCAUGUUUCUUCCCGAUAAGUAAAGCAGUUAGAUAAGCAGCCUUCUGCUCAAUGGAAGAACUUCAUUUCAUAUUUAUCAGCACCAAUGUGAGUGUGCUGCGUAUAGAGUUGCAGACUCACAUCUCCUGUCAGCCCGCUGUUAAUCUUUGUGAUCUACCUGACCGUCUGCUCGACGUGCACCUGCGCUGAUUUACAGCGGUGCAGAAACUCAACCCAGGAUAUCUCUGGGACUUAACAGGACAAAAGGUCAGUUGAGGUGGAGGAAAUAAUGUGUCUAGACUUCAGAACGGCUCAGGAUGGAGAUAUCUUCUUCCUGAUUUACUUGCUAUAUUUUUGCAGGCCUUUCAAACUUAAUGGCACGUCAGAGACAUAGUGGGAAGCCUCUCCAGCAUAUGACUUUACGCUUAUUCUGACACAGCUCCAGCACUUGGAGAAACAUGUUACAACCUGGUUAACUUGUACUUACAGUUUCUGUAAACAUCAUCCAAGAAAUCCAGACAUGAAAAAGACUUUUUGUCUUAAAAUUGGUGUAAAUUUCAGAAGGAGAUCAUACUGGAUGUUAACUCUGUGAGACAGGUUGAGGAUGGGUGUUUGCCAUGAAUCAGAAUGGAGAACACAGACAUUCGUCUCAGUGUCUUAGCUUUGAGAGCUGAGGGUGGGAGGAAAUGAUUGACACAAACACAGAAGUUAAAUGUGUUUUACUUGCUGUUUUUUUUGACGCACAUUUAGCUAAUGUCUUUUUUUUGUUAUUAAAUAAAAAUGGCUUAUCUGGUCUGGUGACGUCCUCUUAGUAUUUGAUGCUUUUCUUUGUCAAAAAUGACAGUUAUGAGGGUGUCUUUUGAUUUUGGGUGUUUGAUCCAGGCCUCUGAGAAAGUACAACAGAAAGAACAUUUGAAAUCUCCAAUAAGAGAGGGAAAAUAAGUCUUACUUUUGGAGUUCAUUUGUUUAUGUUGGAGCUCCUCUGUUUUCUUUAUUUCUCAAUGCUGGUGACAUUUUUACAUUCUGUUCUGUUUCAUAGCUAAUUGUAAUACUGGCAGAGGUUGAGCGCAUGCAACACUUUCUGCACUGAUAGUGAUUGUAAGUGGCAACUGCAGGGUAUGAAUACAUCCCAGCCAGCAUCACUUGUAACAUUGAGCAAUGGCAUAACAAUAAUGUAAUCCUUCGAUAAAUUUUUAAGGGAUGGGAGGGGGUGUUACUGCUGAGGUGAAAGCCAUAGUGAUACUGUUUUUUGUGUGCCCCAAAUCUGUUAAACCUUUUCUCCACUUUGACCAAAUUCAGAGUAUCUGGAUCUCACUACUGCCAAGAUUUCACAAAACUCAACCCCAGGCUUCAUGACGUCUCUUGAGGAUGGUUCUUGUUUUUUAAACAGUUGGAGUUUGGCGUAUUUCGUUUUAUGACUUUUUUUGCACUUGUGCAAUUGUCUUACAAUAGACACAAAACAUGUGUCAGUGACAUCACCUGUGCUGGGUUCUUGGCUGAAGGUUUGGAAAACACACAUUUACAGAAAAGAAAAAAAAAAAAAGUUGGAGGCUCCAGAAACAUGGGCUCAUAACAUUGCUGGCAAAUGAAAUUGCACUGGCUAUGUUUGUGAAAGAUAUAUCACAUGAUAAAAGGCUUGUUCUUUGUCUGCACUGCAACAUAAGCCUGGUGUUUUCACAUUUAUCUACUUUGGGGAGAGCUUUGGAAAACAUCCAUUUUCUGAGUAAGAUCAGGCUGGCUUAGUGCAUGAUGGAAGGCCAACGCAGGGAGAAAAGAUGAGUUUUCAAAUUUAUCUGGAUUAGAGCGGACAUGGUCUGAGAGGGAGAGAGAGGGAGACUGAAAGGCAGAUAAAAACUGAGAAGAACCAGGGGAAGUCGAGGGGAGACGACAGCCAAAUAAAAGUGAAAUAGAGUGAGAGGAGAGUGAGGGCGUGGAGUAAGUGCCGCUUUCUAUAGAAGGGAGAGCGCAGCCCGGUGGCAUGCUCCUGGAUUGGGUCGAUAGAUAUGAGCAAAGGGCUGAAAGCUGCUAGGAUAAUUGAGCCUGGUCACUGGGAGUGUGAAAAGCGCGGGUGCAGCAGAAAACAACCAUAACUCAAUGAGAUUGGAGGUGAGAUUUACAAUGUGUAUGAUCAACAACAGAGAUUCCUCCAUAUCUGACUCUACCAGAGAGGCAGAAGCCAGCUGCUCCAUCCCCGGAGACCACAAAGGCACCUUGUAAAUAUCUGCUGGCACCGCUCAGGCUUUACGCUGACAGUCCGGACUGCAGUCGAUGCAUCCAGGUCCCCAGUGUCAUUUGUGAGUUUUUGGUUUCAUAGAGAAGAUACAUACUGGGGAAGCCCAUACUUUGGUCACAUGAGUAGAUACAGACAACUGAGAUUUACAAGUAUGUGACUGGGUUAUUUAUUUUAAAAGAACAGGAAUAGUUUGAGAUUUGUCACUCAAAUCUCCAUCAACCAAAGAAGCCAAUUUCCUCUGACCUUGUGGCAAGUGGCUGAAAUACUUUUUUGAUGUCAUACUGCUCAGUUUAAGGUUGUGAACUGAAGGAUAGCCUGCAGCUGCUUCAGUGGCUCCCUGGAAGCAGCUAACAGGCUAACAUCACUUGAUAAGUGAGACAAAAUACCAAAAGACAGAUCAAACCUUUGCUAACACUAGGGGUGGGAGAAAAAAUGUUAAAGGAUAGUAUUGCAAUAUUUUGUCUGGUGAUAUAUCAUAUUGUCUCAUUUACCAAGUAUCGGCUUUUCAAAUUAAUUGCUAAUAUGAAGUCAAAUCUGUGAUAAUGGAAAAAUAAAAUCAACUGUUUGUCCAGUGUAAAUAAGACAAACAUAAAGGAAAGCCAAAUGCUUAAUUAACUAAACAAUUGAAAAAAAAUAUAUAAAUCACAAUAUAUUGUAUCACAAUACUCACUGUGUAGCAGAAUGUAAAAAAUUACAAUAAUGGGGCGCGCAGAUAGCCUAGUGGGUUAGUGCACCCCAUGUAUGGGGACCACGAUCCCUGCAGCGGUCGCGAGCUCGAGUACAGCCCCAACCAUGUACUGUUCUAUAAAUAAAGGCAAAAUCACCCCCCAAAAAAUAAAAUAAUUGCAGUUAUAUUGUAUCGUGGCUCAAGUGUAGUGAUAAUAUUGUAUUGUGGGGCCACUAGUGAUUCCCACCCCUAGCUAACACAAUGUUAGCUUAGGAGUUACUCUCUGGAGAUGUGCGUACCAGCAACAUCACAUUGGCUAAUUUACUGAACGCUCGCUGUUGUUGUCUAAUGGUCGCCGGCAGGUUAGCAAACAUGCUGUUAACUUGGAAGUACUGUUGUGUUUGGAUGUUUAAUAUCAAUAAUAUUCACAGCUCAAUCACGAAACUGUAAGAUAUAUAGUCAGUUAGAUACCCUACAUAAACUACAACGUGGCAGAACAACACUUAACCAGCUUUUAAGAGUGAUGCAAGAGGAAAGUGGCGACUGAGAGAUUAUUAAGGAUGACGGCAUAAGUGCAAAAUGUCUUCUCCCCAUGUUUUAUUUUGUAUACACAGUGUUUGGUUAAGCCUCGGGCACUGUUGACUGGUAGCAGUUCAUGCUUCAUUAGCCGAAACUAAACACUUUUUCAUUGUAUAUGUUAUUCUAGGCCCUCACUCAGGCCAGUAAGCUUUUUAAUGAUGGGUGGAGAUGUUGAUGAACCAUGCUCCACUGAUGGAGAAAGGCAGUCUAUACACACCAACCCAACCUCCCCCACGCACACACAUCUCAGCCCCUCCAUCUACUCCCCGCCUCGUCCCAGCCAUGACAAAGUGAAGAUGGGCUGUGGCAUUGGCGUCCAUUCAGCCUGACUCUCUCAUCGGCCCCACAGAAUGCCUUUAAGGGUCCCCCAGAGUAACAACUGCUGCGUUUUAUUACAGCGUGAAAUGGGAAGUGAAUGAGCGCUAUGGAUGUUCCUACUUAGCCAUGCAGAAUGUGUCACUAUGUGGUACCACGAUAAGGGGACAAAGAAAAUCAGACGCUCAAGUUCUUUUGUUAAGACUAACUGCUCCAGUCCAUAGAAAACAACUUGUGCUCUUGUUUAUACAUCCCAGUCAAAAAAAAAAAUCAUUUGUGUCUUUUUUGGGGCGAAAUUUGUCCAGAAAUUUGUUAACAUCUCAUAGGAUAAUGACAUGCAUUCCUUAUGCUAUUGAAACAGAUGGUAGCCGGGUUGCCAAGAGGAGAGAUUUGCUUGAGGGAGACAAAGCCUCUGGCACCCAAACCCAGCAGAUACACUAUGUCCAGCUCAAUUAUGCUCCCCUUUCCACUUCCAUGGUGUGCUUUCUCAGAUUUGAUCACAGAGUCAAACAUUAGUACUGCCACUGACAGCGCCGGAUGUGCAAAAGUUUAAGAUUCCCAAUUCCCUGUGGGGCACACUAAAACUUAACUGCUAGACCAUGAAUAUGUCCUGAGGAGACGGCACGGACUCACACAACAUGAUUCUUUUGAAUGUGCCAUUAUUCUUCAAAAAGAAAAAAAAAGUCUGAACUCAUUUUAGCUUUGCAUCAUUUUUUAACGAGGGAGAUUAUUUCUAAAAGUCAGUGCAUCAACUUUUUAAGAUUCCUCCUCUCCGGUUUUCUGGUUUGUUUUCACAGAUCACGUCUCAGAGUCAAACACUGGAAAUGAUAUUGACAUUGUGAGAUGUCCAAACAUUUGAGGCUUCCAGUCUUUUAUGGAAACCAUUUAGACUGACUGUCAGACCACAGAUAUCUGCUAAUGUGUUUCUAUUGUUUGAAUAGUGAUAUUUUUAUGUGAAAGCUUUUUUGGGGUGUUAUUAUUAGCAGUUUGGGAUUAUAACUAGGAGUUUGGGGAUACUAAAACCACGUCUGAUAGUGAUACCAGUAUCAUUACGGGGUUCUAGUAAUGUUUAAAAUCAAGGUUUUGCCAAUGCAACAAUCAGAUUUGUUAAUACAGUAAAACCAGCAAGUGUUUCAUACUUUUAUUGUUAAUUUUGUUGAUCUGGAUGUAACUUUGUACCGUCUUGUCUGCAGAAUCAGUCUGAGGGAGGAGAAAGUUGCGUUUCCUCCCUCAAUGGGAUCUAUUCACUCAAAUUCUCCCAGUAGUAUUUGCAUCAACUCGAAGCUAUUAAUGAAGAAUUUUUCUUCCUUGUGAAACACUUUUCAUUUUGACUUUCUUCAUUGCUAAAAUGCUGACUUGCAAAGUCAAAUGCAAAAAAGAUGUCUCAACUUCUACAUUAAUAAAGUCGUCUGUCAGCUUGUUAUUGAGAGGAGGCUGAAGCCUAAUGUGAAAAAUUGCACAAGAGCUCAUAGAAACGAAGUUUUGGCAUUUGCCCAUGCAUCUUCUCUGCGUCCCAACAUCAGUGCGAUGCUUUAGAUUUAUCACUAAACUGUGUAAAUAAGAAUCAGGGCUCUUGAUUGAUGAGAGCACCUUUGUAAUUAAAUCCAGCCGUCCCAUUUGCUUUGGCAAGACAUCUGUCGUCGGUCCUCCUCUUCCCUCCUUAAAUGUCAGGUUGUGGGUGUGGCUGGGGAGAAUCGCUGACAGAUUGUCAGUUUUCAGCACACCUGCAGGGAGAUCUCACCGCCUCCACACAAACACUUAUCUCUUUAAGAGUCCUGUUUACGAUACAACUGCUCAGUGAGUGGAAAUUACUGUCCUGAUACAUUAAACCUCUGUUAGCAUUCUGAAGUUUUGUUUGUUGAAAACUUUUGAGAAAAAAAAAAGAAAGGAAAAUGUGGGACUCAGGGGGGCGAGACAACACUAAACACACAGCCAGCAUUCUGAUCUGUGUUGCAAUAUCUUUGGUACACCAUGUGCUGUGUUAAUUCAUGCUGCUUGGCAUGCAAGCCCGAGCAUCUUGAGGUAGUGAUGAUUCUUAUUUUCAUUUGUGAUCGUGGUGAACUGGAAAGAAAAGGGAAAGGUUCAUCCUCAAGAAAAGCCAAAGGAAUGCAUUCACCCAGUGCAGGGGGGAUCUUUCAAUGAGUAAAAUGAGCUUGAUCCUCUGGCUUAUGUGUGUAUGUUCAGUGAUUUGUAGUAGGGAUUUGGGGGCUUUAACAUGUGCGUCUACUAGCACAAUGUCCUUUUAGAUGCCGGUGCAGCACACAGUUAAUGCUUCAACACCUCCCUGUUCCAAACCGGGGCUCGGGAUGCUGAAGUUGCUGCUACUGCUGCUCCCUCAGUGGACACGACUGAGAACCAAGUAAAUGAUGUAAGGUCAAAUAAUUAUUAAUAGCAGAUGAGGAUAAAACUGCGUAGACACUCUAGACAAUGAUGCAUAACUUGGACGAUGCAAUUGAGCUCAUAUGUCAUCUUAAACCUCUGAGGUGUUGCAGUGGUUUCACCUGAUCAGCUCUGUAGAAACCACAUUAGUUUCUUUUGGAGCUCUCGGCUGUCAUAACUCCCUGCAAGGUGUCCAAUUUUCCUCCUGGCACUCGAUAUUUUAUAUCACCGCCAGAGAGAUAUCUAUAUUACUAUGAAGUAAUUAAGAAAAUACCCUCUCGAACAGCCUCCGUCAUUCUCUGGAGCCAGCUGUGCAACACUCGACACAGUGUCCACACAGGGCUUUCUCCGUUGCCCGAGACGAGUGUAAUUGAGUGCUGGCAGGCGUGUGCAAGGCCCUGAUUGCAGCAUGUUCCUCCAGAAGCAAGGUUUAUGUUUCAUCAUACGCCCGUCCACCACACUCCAUAAAAAGCAAAUAAACGUUUCACUGGCAAUGGCAUAAUAAUGACAGAGUGGGUUAAUGAGCAAAUUAAAGUCAUAAAUUCAAUCCUCGCCCUUGACUGAGCUGUGAGAAUUCUUACAUCAACUCUGUGGUAAAUGUCCCCUUUACAGUAGGUGCUGUCCAUGAUUAAACGGACCGAACCACUCCAGGGUCUCCUGUUUGUUUAAGCGACCAUGUUUGAAGCUUAGAUUUUGACACUUUAGUUUUUGUGGUAGCAAAAAGCAACUCGCAUGGCCGUCAGAGUCGACACUCUCUUUCUCGGAUGAUAGGUGGCUCUGGUGGCAACUUGGUGAACUAAAGCAAAGUUUUUCCAAAUUGAUUUAAGGUGUUGAUUCUGGAGCCUAAAAAAAGCAGUUGGCGCUGUGACAUAUUUUCCCCAUCAAUGCAUUGAUCUCAUAUAACUUAAAUCGAGUGCUUUCCAGCAAGCAGACAAAAAAGGUUUGGUGUCUGCAGGGAGUUUCAUGUUUUUUGAACAGAGCAAAAUGUCAGCUCUCUGUGUUUUUACAUGAAUAUUCUGCAUAUUUUAUUGAGCUUACUGGUUGGAGGAUCAUCAACCAUUUUGGUCAAAAGUUUGGAUUUGAACAUAAUUACCCCAAAGCAGCCCAUUGAUUAUCCACUCAGUGAAUUGUGUUUUUAAAGAUGUUCAUCAAACUUCAACCUAGCAACUGGGUCUAUAAAUUUAUCAGAUCAUUGAGAUGAUAAUUAAUUAGCUAAGAAGUCGACAAUUUAUCUCAUCUGGUAUAAUAAAAACAGACUUUUUAAAAACUAUAGACAUUAUGAAACAUGGACACAGUCUCUGCAACAUCUUUCUGACUUGAAGUUUUUAAGCCCGACAAUGGCAGGUGAAAAAUUGGGAAUGCUGGCUCAUUCUGAACUAUCAAUCAACUGAGACACAGACACAUUUUAAACUUAAUAUCACCCUUUAGGUGCAGCUCACCAACCUGGCAGCCAGGUGGGUGUCAAACUUCCUUAAAUCAAAACAGAUACUCUUUGAAAUAUAGUCACCCCCCUCCCUCGUACAUUGUGUGUAAAUAAAUACUUGAGCUACGCAACAAUAAACCCCAUUAUUUUAAACAUUAUAACAGGAUUUAUAUUGAACACUAGCAAGGUAACGUUUUAGUAUUAUAUUGUUUAUUCGAUCAAAUAUACAUACAGUACAAUUUUAGGCAAGGAAUUCCCUAUUUUUUCGGAGAUUGAACAGGAGUUAUGAUAUGGAGCCAUUUGGGUGGAAAAAACAUUUUUUUAAGCAGUCCUGGCUGAGUAGUCAUCUUGUGAUACAGAUUAUUUUCAGUGCCAUUAUUGACCCCAAACUGGCCUGGCUGAUUAUUCAGUCCAUCUCUAUUCAGAACUGUUUGAACCAGACUGUUAAUUAAGCUGUUAAAGUGGCAUUUUAAUCGAGGAUGUAAAGGGGAUUCUUUGGCUUUUGCAGCUACCCUCAUGUGGACAUUAAAGGAACUGCAGCUUUGGUUUAAAAAACUUGUUUAAAACACCUUACUCCACCUUAUAAAACACUACAUAACUAUUUUCUCUCAUUCUGUCUAAAAGUGAUAUCUACUUCCAUUAUAUCUCUCCCUUCUGCUGACUAUCACACCGGGCUUUCCUGGAUGAAAAAUGCGCUCAGAUGUGCCGAAAAUUUACAGCUGUGCCUUUUCUCAAUACUGUAGCCAGUGCAGGAGUCUACAUUAACUGGAUUUGAAUGAGGGACUUUGGCAGGUCUUUGGUUGGUGUGGUUUGGGCUGCUGACAGUGAAGCACAGAAGCAGCCUGGCAGAGUUUUGACUAUUUGACUGAGCUGCUCCUCUCCUUCACACCGGCUUCAGACUCCUCUCAGACUCCGGCUCCUUCAUUCUCAUCACAUUCCCGUUUCCUGCGGCAUCAUCUGACUGACUCUGUUGGACACACAUGCACUUUUGUGUUGUAUUACGUUCACUUUUAUUGAAUUUGAGUCUUUAGAGGGUUGGGGUAGAGGGGUGGGGGGUUGUGCUUAAAGCAAAAGAAGUUUGACUAAAUUGGUAAACUUUCAUUUUCAAAUGUUAUCAUCUCAUUAUGUUUGGCAGAAUGACUCUGAGCUGCUGAGGUCUCUCUUUUAUCCGGAGGCUGUGCCAAACAUUCUGCGAAUUUGUUCCACGUGUUAUAAAAAGGGAAACCCAAGAACAUUAAACCAACUGUAUCAUUUAUUUAGCGCUCUCUGUAAAAAGAGAGUCCGUUCAGCGCCAGUGCCGGAGAGUAUCAGGCCCAGACAUGAGCUGGAUGAUGGCGAGGCGUGGACAGUGCAGGAGGCCCGUAGUGUUGAGGCAUGAAGAAGGAAAUGCGCCAGGGCACACCAAAACCCGAGCAUCAGUAGAUUUCACAGCACAAGGGUGUGACUGUUGGCUCUUCACAGACAUCCCUCUUUGUGUUUGCUUUUGUGGAAGAUUGAGUAAGAUUUUGAAGCAGCAUGGGGCAUCUCUGACAAAAAAAAAAAAAAAGUUGUGACUAUUGUGGUGAAUGUGCGGAGGGAAGUGGAUGAGUGAGGUGUCAGCUCAGAAAGCACCAUCUCAACAGCAGUGGCAGCUCUUUGAUGUGGCUUCCUCUUUGAAGAACUGACACCCUUCUCCUUUUCACAGUGCCUGGAGCCCUGCAAGGAAUCCUGGGACCUGAAGGAAAACCAGUGCCAGGAUUUAUGCGAGGUAUGUCACUACCCACAAACACCAAGGUUGCCUCAGAUUCGAGUGUUUGAGCUUGACUGCUUAAUGGGAAAAUUCAAUGAGGGGAAAGUUUUUGAGGAGUGUGAAGUAACUCUUUCUGCGCUGUAACAACAUUGAAUCAAAGCUGGUUCAUGCGCUCACCACUCCUCUGAGUCAUGAGCUGAAAUGUAAACAAGACAAUCCCUGUUAGCCUACAGAUUGCUCUCUUUGCAGCCAGACAGGUCGCUCUUAAAAAGUAACCUGACAUAUAUUUUUCCUCUCCUCCUCCUCCUCUUUCUGCUCAGCCUCUCUUCCCCAAGAAGCACUAUGAGUGUCUAACCAGCUGUGAGUUCCUGAAGUCCGUAGAAGGAGUGAAGCAAGGCGACUGUCCGGCCCCGGAGAAAGCCAGCGGCUUUGCAGCAGCCUGCGUGGAGAGCUGUGAGGAGGAUGGAGAGUGUUCAGCUGUGAAGAAGUGCUGCUCAAACGGCUGUGGCCACACCUGUCAGCUGCCCAAAAACCUCUAUAAAGGUAAAGCAGAAAACUACCACAAAAAAAACAAUCACAUGUGUCACUAAAAGUUAUAAGACUCCAGAGCAGGUUGAUGUGGGGUUACCUGCGGUUACUGGGGGUAAAAGUUUCUGAUGAAUGACCCCUCAAAUACUCUUUAACAGAGCAACCGAGCAAAUGCAUUUGAUUGAUCGUGGUUGCUUUCUGUACCACUGCAGGGCACAUUUAAAGUUGUCGGUUACUUUUCUGAGAGUUUGAGGCGUGCAGCUGAUUCUCAAUCAGAGCCUCUUGUGACUCACCACCAGUCGAUUUUUUGGGGAUUGGAAGUAGCACAAGUAAGAUAGUAUCCAGCACAUAUCCAGACUGUUAGAAAGUAUAACAUACAUACAGUUUCAUGUGAGUAAGAGGAAAGGUAGCAUAGAAAGAUAACUUCAGAAUUUAAAUGUGUUCAUUUUUAAAGAUGCACUGAUGCUUCCCUGGACCUCUUGACAGUCAUCUUCAAUAACUGCUGAUUCAGAAAAGAGGCAAAAGAAGUUACCUCUCAGACAAACCCUUUUUUUCUUUUGUUGUCAUGGUUAGAUGUCAAAGAAAAAGUUCGUGAUUUUUCGUAAGUGCAGGUUUGCGCCAUUGCACCAUCGAAAGUUCUGCAAGAAGUCAAAUAAUUUCCAAGAGGAGAGAUUAUUAGCAACAAGAGCAUAGGGCCCCAUUAAAGCUUAUGAUAGGGCUGGGCAGUAUGGCCUCGAACCAAUAUCACAAUAUAUUGAGCAGUUCACCUCCAUGAUGAUAAAUGGACGAUAACUUCUCCACAAGCUGCUCACCCCCUCCCACAUUAACUUAUCUACUUCAGCCACCGCUCCAACUUUUGAACCGUCCUCCAUCUCCUUACCUGUCUUUCUCUCUUUGUUAUGGACUGGAUUGGGUGGAGUCACAUCUCCAACAUAGGACAGCGUCUUUUUUUAUCUAUUUUUUUGACACAGAACAUAUUGACACGGGCAAAAUGACGUCAGUAAUUGACAUAGAUUUUGGUAUCAGUAAAUUUUCGAUUUAUCGCCCAGCCCUAGAUUAUGUACAAAGGCUCACGCAGACCAUGACUCACUCUCUUUCUAGUUUUCUCUCUUUAUUCACCUCACUAUCUCUUAAUAGAUUCCCAAAAAAAUCUAUAAAACCCCCCAAAAGAGCUAAGGCGUGAUUACAGUUGAGCUGUGUUAGUGCGGUGUUGCUGACUCUAAAUGUAAAAAGGGCUAAUUUAGCUAAACAGAGCAGUGAAGAAAAGACUUGACAAAGCAUUUGUUUUCAGCCAGAGCCAACAGCUUUAUCAGCUGAAAGGCUACGCAGCACCAAUCAGCAGGCAGACACUGUUAGCAAAUGGAUGGCUUGCUUUGGCUUGUCUUCCAUGGGGUUAUAAAAGACCAAAACAGAGCUAAAAGUGGUGUGAAUUUUAAACUCUUAUCCGCUAAUGGGACAGAAACCCAUUUCUGAAUUAGUUGCUUUGCAAGUGCGACAAAUGUAAAUUAACUGCUGGCUAAUAAGUCUUCUAUGUCAGCGAACAAGGUGACGAGAAGUCCAUCUUGUACAAAAAAAUGUAAAAUACAAGUUGACUUUGGUGAUUAAAACAGUAUCAGGGACAUUCUUUUAGAAUAUAAAUAGUUAUAGGAAGUCAAAAGUUUCUCAGCAAGCCAAGACAAAGUAGGUCGGACCAAGUGUUUUAAUAUCCGAUUAUGUGACAAUGUAGUUUAAUCGUCCAUGUCUGUAAUGACUCACCUCCUCUUUUAAUUAUGUCUAAUAAUGUUUCCGUGAAAGACCAAAUUAAUUGAGUUCGUCAGCUGAAUCGUGGAUCCUCUCUAUCUCUAUUUAUCGGGUUCAAUUAAUGACGUUUUUUGACGUCAAGUCUUAAGGUGAUUAACUGUAGCAGUUUGCAUAAUUUUCAAUAAUUGUGUCAAAUCUAUUAAUCCCUCUCCAUCAAACAUUAAUUUUAAAUCUCAGUGACGCAAAUUGCGGAUUGUUUGGAAUUAUUUUUGGCAGCCUGCUCUGAAUUAUAAAUCUUUAUUCCAUCCCUGUGUAUUGAACUUCACCCUCGCAUCCCUCACGCUGUUCCUGUCGUAAUUUGGAGCACAUCCUCAGUCUUAGAUUUGCUGGAGAAGCUCCAGGCUUUCACAGACGCAGAUACACCCAAAAAAGUCUUUGCUCCAGUGAAACAGCUUAAUAGCGCAGCCCAGGGCGGUCAACGAUCUGAGGGUGCUGAGUCGUUAUGUGAGCAAACCAAGAGCCUCUGAACUCAGAGAUGGGAGCUGGAACUACAUUAUAUACACUAUCAGAGUGCAAUUUCUGGCAGCCCGGGGCCAUAACAAAGUUUGAGGAGAUGUUGAAUUGAGAGCAGAGGAGGAAGAUGAGUCUAAAUCAAGCUGUGAAGCGCAGCAGUGAUAGCUGUGUGUGUUUUGAAUCCUGCUGCAGUGAUUGUAAGCAUGUUUUACUCUGUGUACUGUAUGUGAUUUUAAGUCUCCGCUCGCCUCUAUUUGAUUUGGAAAAAUCCUGAGGGACUUCACGGUGGAUGUCACGCUCAAAAGGUAAACCGCACAUAAAUUGGGGGAAAGAUGAAAGCGAGCGUGACCUUAAAAAAUUUCAGUACAGUGACCCCAUCAAUGAAAACCAUCCGUCUCACUCUGAGACCUUCAAAUCAAGCAGACGACCUGCUGAUUUAGUCCAAACACUGAGCUCAUGAUGGUACGCCAUCAGCAGUGCACUUACCCUGAAUUACACUCAGCGUUUUGGUGAGAGUCCACAUGGGAUUCCUGUCCCGGUGCUCGGUGUUAAAGGUCUAAUUAGCUGCUCAUGGUUUGGAGAGCGUAAUUGUUUCUGUGUGUGCAGGAGUGUGUACGCGGUCCUCGCUAUGAUGAGCUGUGAUGCUGGAAGCCAUUAGCAAACACAAGCGAGAAAUGGAGCGUUUCCCCCUGCUGAGAUCACUCUCAGAUGUGCGUCUGUGUGUGUUUUUGCAUGUGUAUGUGUGUGUCUUCAGGUUAGGGUCCCCAGCCAAUGUGUAGGUCCCUUAUGGAGAAAAAGUUCCAGUGUUCAGGGUCUCUAAGAAACAGGACCCCUGCUGGGCUUUUGAUGUGCCACAAAGCUUUUUCUAUUUCACAUCGGCGAAGCCUGAUGCUGUAUCUGCUCUGUAAUGAUGAUUUAAAGUUGUAUAGCGGAGGUGCGCCUCUGAUAAAACAUGCUGCGCUAAAUAAAAAUAGAUGCCGCUACUUCUUUUAUCUGCACAUAUGUCUCCCUAGUUCAUAGAUUUCCUCUAUUCCUCGAGUAAUCCAGCCUUACUUAUUUUGUGUGUUUCUGAUCAAAAGAAGCGCACAGCUCGACACGAUAACUAGAAAACAAAUUUGGGGCGGAAUAAAAUGAAAAAUAUGCGAGAAAUGAAUGUGUCAGAGUGAAUUUAACUCCAGAGAGAGUAACCGUAACGCUGUCAAAACAAGUCUGACACAUGAUCCGUCCGUCAGCUCAUCCCAAGUUUACCGUAAGUCCUCCUCGUGCUACAAUCCCAAUAUUUGUGGUGCUUUCCCUCAACCUGUAAUUAGAGCCGUCAUUAUGAUGGUAUGUGCGUGAGUAUUGAGAAUUAUAUUCCUGGAGUGUAAUUGUUGGCAUGAUGAGGGUUAUGAAUGAGAGCCACACUUUUGACGGGGCUGCAGCAGAAGUUACAUCACGGCGUGGAGUGCAUGUGUGGCCACUGACGAAUGAACGCUGUAUGAUUCUUGGACCGAACCUGACCCAGAAGUUAUCUUUGGAGAGAACAUACUGAGAGGUUUCAGUGCCCUCCUACAUAUUGCGGAAGAGAAAGUCGUGUGUACGUGUGUAUAAGUGUGUGUGUACAUCUGUGUGUAUGUGUGGUUUCAGCUUUGCAGAUGAGCUAAGACAGAGGGAGAAGAGGAAUGCUGUGGUUACUCUGGUGUUCGUUGUUGCACAGGAAAUGUGACACAUUUGUUCGCACACACACACACGCACGUACACACAAACACUCGGCUGUGGAGCUGUGAAACCACAGCACAAUGACCCCCAGCUGUUAGCAUGCAGAAAGCUGUUAUCAGCAACACAAAACAAAGUACUGGCUCCAUAUGCGCGUGGCUCAGGGUCCCUCCUCCGUCUCCCAGCGUUUUAUAUGCAUCGAUCAAUCACUUUUACACGCUCUGUAUGAAGGCUAAAUAGAAAUAUAAGUAGAUGAAGUGCUCUGCAUACAAAACACACUCUUGAUUAUGUUGUUUACAGACAUGAGGAGUGCUAGCCUUGAGCAUGUGUUGAUGCCGCGUUGAAAUGCGGCGCGAUGGCGGCUGCGACAGAAGUCCGACAUAAUGGUCUGGAGUGCGGCGGUGAUUUAUGGAGAAGUGUGGGAUGGAUUCAGCCUUCUCCUGUACUUCCAAACUUGCUUUUCCAAUCUCCAUCUCAUUAUCACUGUGCCCGACGCUCAAUCAACAACUCACUACGUCUCCACUGCAAUAAAUUCACUUGAGAGAGUCAGUCUGACUUGGCAGAGCCUUUGGCCCAGUCCUGCACUUAAUAAAUCUCUAAUUUAUUGCACAUGGCCGCAUCAGGCAGGCUGGAUGCAAAGUGCAACCAUGCAAAUGAACUAUGCAUAUUGUGUGUGUGUGAGAAUGUGUUUGUGCUGGUAUGUUUUGUGUCUGAAUGAGAGAGAAAGACGUCAUGCGCAGUCUCACAUAGCUAGAUGCAAACUAAGUGUAUCAUCACUAAGAAGCGCAGCUACCAAAACACAUCGCUCCGGCCAGGAAAUCUCACAAUGUGUCACGGCAGAAAGAUGAGGCUGUUGAUCCACAGCGUGUAUUAAAUCUGUUGCAGUGAGGUCAUGUCUCAUUUUCGAAUCUAUCUGUCCAGAUCUGAUGGUGUCAUUUAUCUUUCCACAGGAGAAGAAAGGGGAAAAAACAAAUAUCACGCUGAGUUCACUACAAUGUUCCAUAAAGUGGUCGUAUUAGCUCCUUUCACGCCAUCAUCUUCCGUGCUUGUACUUUUAGGAGUCCCUCUGAAGCCCAGGAAGGAGCUGGUGUUUUUGGAGCAGCCUUCGGGGCAGCUGGAGAUCCGCUGGUCAUCCAAAUUCAACAUUUCCGUGGAGCCUGUUCUCUAUGUUGUGCAGCGCCGCUGGAAUUAUGGCAUCCACCCGAGCGAGGAUGAUGCUACAGAAUGGCAGACCGUGGCUCAGGUAGGAAUCGACUCCCCAGAGAACUGAAGCAUAACAUGAAAGUUUCUUCUCAUGAGAACUUGCAGACUGUCCUCAUUUGACUGACUCUAUUGAUCAGACUACUGGGAUUUGCAUCACUGAAACACUCCAGCGACACAUGUCCCAGCACGCCACAUGCUACAUCUGUGAAAGUGCUGCGCUGCGCUGACAGACUGUUGCACACGGUUGCACAUUCCUCACACUCGCAGUGUCUUUGAAAGUUUCAGCAAAGAGAAACACACAGUUGACUGAUGUGGCAGCAAACUCACACGGGGCUGUGACCCUGCGUGAACCCUGACCCCCUGUGGUUUUUACCCCCCCAUCUGUCCUCUUUAGACCGCGGAGGAGCGCGUCCAACUGGCCGACAUCAGAGCCAGCAGAUGGUACCAGUUCAGAGUGGCUGCUGUCAACGUCCACGGGACCCGCGGCUUCACUGCACCCAGCAAACACUUCCGCUCCUCCAGAGGUCUGUCUGUGUGUGUGUGUGUGUGUUUGUGAGUGCUUGUGUGGCCAUGCUUUGUGAUCAAGUUCCUGUUUGACACCCGCCGCCCUCCAUUUGUUAUGGUUAAGACCUCGGAACAGGUGGAAACUCUUAGAGUGAGUUUUAAAACCUGAUUCGACGUUAUCUUAACAAAGGGAGUGUGUGUGUGCUUGUGUACUUUCUGCAUGUCCUCUCCAAACUCCCUGAAAUCCUCCAAGAAAUCGUGACAAGAAUCAUAUUUUACAUCUUCACAGAGGCUAGGACAUAUUUUAGUCAAGCUGAAGUAGGGCUGGGCGAUUUGAGAAAAAGUUUAUUCAGAUAAUUUUUUCCGUAUCAGUCGAUAUCGAUAUUUAUCACGAUAUAAUAAAAAAACUUGUUAAUUUUAAAUGUUCCCUAUUACACUUAAAUGAAACUUAACAUGUACUGGACAUAAUUUGCAGUGUAUAUUACUCUGCUUCAUCUCCCCCCUUAAAAAAAAUAAAAUACCUCCAGACCAUGGACAUUUUCGUGCCAGUGUUGUCACUGAUGUCGUCAUCUGUUAAACCUUCAUCUGCAUUUCUGCCGGCGGGGUUGCACUUGUUUUCUUUUUUUCUCACUGACAGUGCUGUCGGCUUCACCUGUAGCACCUGUUGCCUGUUAUGGUUGUGUGUAGCUGCAGCCGGAUACUACGCAGUUGUUUGCUACUUGGUUCUAAUUCAGCACAUGAUAGGUUCAGCUAUUGCUAUUCGUAUAGUCUACCAAAACAUGGCAGAAUGCUGGCUAUCCAAAAGCAUAUUGACCAUGUUUUAUAUUGAUAUUGCGGGAAAUUAAUUUUUUAUAUAUAUCAUUAUCGUUUUAUCGCCCAGCCCCAAGCUGAAGCUGCUUUUAAGAUUUCUUUCUUUAAUUCUUCUGCUACUCCUUACAAAAGCACAUGUGAUUUAUAGAUGUGUGUCCUCCCUCCACAGUUUCCAUACAUUCACACAGUGAGCUAAAUGGAGGGCUAAUUCAUGACCAUGCCAAGUAGAAUGAGAGUAAUGAGGAGGGACUGUGUGCGUUUAACAUUUCUCUUCUGUGCUGCAACCAGAUCUUCGUUUCUGCCUUCAAAGCCGGGGUUUCCCCCUCUUUACAGCCAUAUAAAAUGUAAUAUGUCUGAAUUAGUCAGGAUAUUGCAGGUUUCAAAUGAAUGCAAGUGUUGUCUUGUUUUCAGAGGGGAGUGACGUUACCGAGACGGGUUUCAGAUCUUUGCCACAGAUUAGCAAAGUGAGCUCCGAUGGCAUCCUGUCUCUGCACUUUCAGACUCCUCUGCCCUGAGCUUUCACUGCUGAAUGACACUAAAUCACUGUGUUGUGCCGCAGAUGGCAUUUGUUAAAGCCACGGCCAAUUGUUGUGCGGUUCCCAGGGAUUAAAGGUUUUCUGAGUAUAAUAUUGUGUCUGGAUUGAAUGUGAUCCAGAUCAGAUACAGUGUGUUUGCGCCGCACGUAGAGGCGGAGUGAGCCCGGCUUGUAUGCAGCUCUGGUUUGAGCUCCGCUAAAUGAAUAUUAUGCUUAAUCUUUUCACCCUUACUUUAUCAAACUUGUUUAUUCCUUAACACAUAAUAGUUGUUUGGCAGAGAGGAAUUGGCAGACGUCCAAAGUACUUUUCAUUUUCAUGCCAAAUACUGUAAAAUCUGUGCCAGAUCCAAAAAGUACUAAAGUACUCGCUGGUGUGUGUUUUGACCCGUCUUGUCAAUCCCCCAUCAUGCAUCUGCUCCUCUUAGCGUUCUGGACGGCUGUCAGACCGAGCCAGACACCAGGUGGGGGAAAGGAUUCUGCUGCAGGGAUGGAAAGCGAUCUCCAAUCAGGCCAAUCAGUGCCAGAACGGUGAUAGAUUGAUGGGAGCUGUCAUAGAUUUGAUGAGCUCCUGGCUGCUCUGUCAUGCCAUUGUUAUUUACACAGCCCGACCUUAUCAUCUGAUUGCAAUUUUGCACUACUACACUUUUUAAGGGCAAUUUGUAGGGACUGACUGCUUAUUUAUCUAAGAUCAGCUGGUAUGGGUGAACCCGUGUGUCCGAUUGUGUGUUUUCGGGGUUGGAUAAAAUGUGUUUCAGGUGGUAGAGGGCAGGAAAGAGGCUGUGACGGGAAUCAUUUCUUCAUUAUUCCCUCAUGGUUUGGCGUCUGGCAUCAGCAGCUGGCGGUAUUCUGGAUCACAGCACAUACAGAUAGGUUCAGAACAAGCUGUAAUGUGGACACACACACACACAUACACACACACACAUUUUUCAGAGUACAGGAAUGUUGAGUGUGGAGCCAAAGUGAGCAGCAUGUGUUUGUUAACCCCUGGCCUGAGCUCUCGGUCCUGCUGAACGCUGUCAUGGACAUGACAUGACACCUGUCAUAACAUGUCAUGGCAGAUUGUCAAUGGCGGGCUAAUUACUUUACACAGCGUCACACCAGUCCCCCUCCUGUUCCUCAGUGUGGUGAUGAAAGCUGUCUGUCUUUCUUCUUAUACGUCCACCUGAAACAAAAAAGCAGCAUGACUGUCAUUUCUUCUCAAACAGAAGUCUUUAAAGGGAUAUUCCAACGUGAAAUUAAUUUAGGGUUAAACACACUGUAACAUGGAGUUAGACAUCCCCUUGGGUGAUGAAUGUUGCCAACCGCUUUCUUCUCUAGAUAUAACGACUUUAGUUACUUUAGAGACCGCACUAUAGCGAUACACAGCAGUCUGAGGAGCCAUAAACAAACCUCAACCAAAACGCCACUCUGUAGCCACAAAUAAUGCUCAGAACAGCACCUAACUUCAUCAACAGUACAUAUAGGGUGCCAGCCACAGCACUAGCCACCAAACAUCUUUUUAACUUUGACCAAUUUCUUGAGCAAAGAGACUAAAGACAACUCACCUACUCUCAAUAUUUGUGUCUGAAGAGUGGCUUUUUGGUUGAGCACGGGGCUCCUGGGACUGCUGUGUAUUGCUAUCAUGAGGUUGUUCCUAAAGUUGGUAUAACUAGAGAAGCAAGCGGACGGCAACAUUUAUCUCUCAAGGGGGUGUCUAACUCUGUGUUAUGGUGUGUUUGACCCUAAAUUAAUUUUACGCCAGAAUUUCCCUGUCUGCAUGUCUUAAAAUCUUGUCUUCUCCAUCCUCAGAUCCUGCAGCCCCUCCCACCCCGACCAGCCUGCGCGUCACCAAUGUGACUCUGGGUGAUGAAGGCUCCAUCACAGCCCGUCUCAACUGGACCCUGUCUGAGGAGCCCGACAUCCCUGUACACCACUACAAAGUGUUCUGGAGCUGGACAGUGCCCACCAAGUCCAUGGUGCCGUCCAAGAAGAAAAGGAGAAAGACCACCAACGGGGUAAUCUUCUCACCCUGUCUGAGUGAUCUGUCUCUUUUCUUUCCCUGUCUCCUCUAUCUUAAGAGUCUGGUCCAGGAUUCUCUCAGCAUCUUCCUCUCUGGCUUUUACACAUGACUGUAAGUCUCCACACGGGCCAGCAGGAGAAACUUAGAUAAACACUGAAUAGAAGCUGCAUUUAUUUACACGGACUUGUGAGGCUAUGAAUCACAUUUUGAUUGAUGCAAUGUGUUCCUGAUGGUUUUAAUUCCUGAUACUGAGGGAGAGAGAUUGAAUGCGCUGUAAAUCUGUGUGAUAAAUCGCCUUAUUUAUGGUGAUAAAUCAAGUUCUCAAAGUCUGUGUCCUUAACUAUCUGGAUUUGAACAGCUGAAUUUAUUUUUGCAGUUGAUGUUUUCUGCUUAAUUUUUUAGGGAUUUGUUUAUCCAAUAACUUUAUUUUGAACGUAGACCGCAAUAGCUUGAAAGUCAAGUGGUUAUAUAACAACAUUUGUUUACCAUGAAAGCCCUCAGCCUGUUUAUGUAACUAAUAGAAACCGAAAUGGGGCAGAAUAGCUAAAAUCACCACAUUGUCACGUAUAAAAGAGAAGUAUCACUGAUUUCAACUGGAAAUGUUUGGAAGAGUUUAAUUUGGAGCAAUUUCAACUAUGUGGUGCGGGCAGAGAGAAGAGUUUUCACAGCCUUUUGUCUGCGCUCUCACAUUCACAGAGACCCCAUUUCUGGAUCACAAAGGGAGGAUAAACACAGUUUUGUUAUGAAAGCUUAAACAAACAGGCCCGCAAAAACUUCCUUACUUGGAAAAGUGCAGACUAAUAUUUUGUUAGUAUUGGAAAUUAUUUUUAUUGCAUCCACACUGGACGCAGAAUGACUCAUCGGUGUAUCAAUAUUGAAGAAACGGAUCCAUAAGAACACAAAAACUGAAUUAAUUACCAAGAGAAAUUAUACAAUCUGAUCAUUGUCUUUUCUCAUUAAUCAAACUCUGACAUAUCAGAGUCAUUCAAUCGCUUGUGUACACUUUUUUUAUGCCAUUUUCUCUCUUUUUUUUUUAAUCAGAUCUGACCUUUUCGUUACAUACCUCCUGUUUUUUUCUGAGAGAGCAUUUCAUUAGAGGCCCGAGCAGAAAGACAGAUAGUCUGGACAGUCCACACUCACCUCCAGAGUCUUCUCCUGAAUUAGUUUAUGAAAUGCAGAGCAGAUGUGGCACAGGGGACGUAGAGGUGGGAGACAUCAGACACCUAUUGACACAUGUACUACUGGUUUCCACUUUGGCACCUCGGGGCUCUGAAAGCAGCCUGCUGGCAGAGGAAUGUCAAAACAGGCACAGUCAAUAACAAGAACUCAUCAAGCUCCUGCUGAUGAAGGAAUGCUGCAAGUCAAACACAGUGAGGAAGCCCUGGGAGGCUCUGAUAACAUGGCUCCCUCACAGGGCCCUGAAGGCUAUCUCCUCGCCAUGAUACCUUCCACAGCGCCACAUGUGUUCUCAAUAAGCAGCGCUUUCCCACAGGCCUGUAUUGGUCCAAGCUGAGCUGAGCUGGGACCAUGACUGGAACAGUGACAAGGCUUUGAAAGGAGCCUCCAGUGACAGCGUGGUAAGGUACAAAACGCUAAUGUGCGUGCGUUUUGUGCUGUGGCAGGCUCAGAGCUGGGUGGACCUGGAGGGGCUGCAGCAGAACAGCAGCUACACUGUGGAGCUGCAGGCGGUGACGUACUGGGGACAGGUGCGCCUGAAGAGCUCCAAGGCUUCUCUGCACUUCAACACCAACCAGAAUAAUGACUCAGGUAAGAGCUGGUGCUGAUUUCAAUUUAUUUCGGUCUCUCAGCUGUCAGGCUUGUCAUUUUUAUGGAUCCACCGGGGAUGGAAAUAUUUUUCCAGUUAGUCCAAAACUUUAUGUCUCAAGUAAAAUAUCACAUCUCUUGGCCUGAUUAAAAUGCAGACUCAAAAUGCUGUGUGGACCACUCACAGUCUUAUAAAGAUGAAACACAAUGACUGUCUUGCUCCAAUAAGUUUUCCCGAAGCACCACCAUGAAUUUGACUUAUGUGGCUUUUAGGGGAAUGGCUGCGCAGCUCCCGGAUUGAUCACUGACACUGGACAAAUUUGGCAUACACAAACUGUUGCCUCAAGGACAAAACUCAAUCACUCUGGUGAUUCCUCGACUUUCUAAAACUUCUUUAUCUUUCACUGCAAGUUAAAGCCCAUAUCAAGAUGAUUUACAUGUGAUGUUAAACUGUGGAUGCUUGAACACCAAAUUUAGAUUCUCAGUGUUCUGAACCUGCUAAAUACCAGUGUGUUAGCCAUAGACUGUACGCAGUCUGCCUCCUCGCUAGGUGAAACCACUCCAAGAGCAGCACCCUCUGGUGACUGGCUGCAGUAUAGGUCAUAAAUCCCGCCUCCUCCAGCAAUCCCUAUGUAGUUGUGGACAAAUUUUAAAAAUUAAUUACACAGAAUAUAAUUUUUUCUCCCUCCUUCUUGUGAUGUUGACAUGUAGUUACAGUAAGACUGGUUUGUGCUCAAGUCCUCUUUUUUUCUGUGCAGCUCUGUUUUUAAAAGUUAUUAGGGGGUUCAUGUUUUCUAUGAUUGACACUUGAUACAGCCUAUUGGUGUACCAAGAUUGCGUAGCUCACCCAGAGGGAUACGCUGUUUGAGCAGAGCGUCAUCACAGCGACUCUCCCACCGAAUGUGUAAAACGUUACUGCUGGUUUCAGGAAAUGAAGAAAAAUUACGGAAACACUGAGAGCUUUUCGGCUUUAAAUCCGUAUACUGGCAGAAAGCGGAACCAAGUUGUCCAUAGUAUAUACACUUUAUGGUGUUAGCAUGUCAUACUUACCAUGCUAAUGAUUAGCUUGAAUCCUCGUAGCACUAAGUGAGCGUGUUUCCUCUCUAUGGCUGUCACAUUAUCAGAUCUUCAGGAUUUUAUGGCCUUAUAAUGUAACAAUUAUCACAAUAUUUACAGUAAAAUUUACAGUAAAACAGACACAACAGCCCUAACAGAGAAGAUAAAUAUAACAUCACACAGUUAAACAUGGAUAGACGACCAAUGACCAUAACUGGUAAGGUGUCCUUGAGUAAGGCACCAAACCCCCAAUGGCUCCCUCUCACUGUGACAUCUCUCUGUUGGUCCAUGUUCACAAUUCCAGCUUAUAUGUGUGCUGCAUGCUCAAUAACAGGGAGUAAAAACUGAAUCUCCCCUCAGGGGUUAAUAAAGUAUGACUUCUUCUUCUUCUCCUCUUUGUAAAUUUAAAUCUGUAGUCCUUGAGCUGGUAACAGAAUAACAGAAAUCUCCAUUAAAUUUAUAAGAUGUAAAUUUCAAAUGCAUAAAAAGGAACACAAAACACAAUUUGCAAUGUGUAGGUUAUCUUGCAACCAAAUGAGUAAGAUGAGCAUAAAAUCAAAAACGUACAGGGUUAUUCAUCGUCUUUAUCAAAUAAGAAAAUCUACAUAGAUCAGCAGGUUUAAGGAAGCUCAUCCAUACUGAGUGUGUUUAACCAUAUCAGAGGAGUGCAGUGUUCAUCUAUGCCUGUGUGUUUUCUUGAGGGCUUGAUAAUCCUAAUUUGCUCAGACUCCUCUGGCAAAGAAAAAUCUGAGGGUUAGAAAAAAAACAGAAAACUCACAUCUGCAUUUGAAAACACAGAGAAAGCCUCGGUGCUUUGAGGUCUCCAGUGGGAAAAACCCCCUAACCUUGGCAGUUUAAGAGCCAUGUAUACCACUCCAGUUACACCACAUGCACUCUUAAGGAAGGUGUCGUAACUGUUUUGAUUAUACAAAGAAAUAAUUUUGUGUUUCCGUUUCCAUGCUGAAGAGUUUAGCCACAACACAGCCUCUUGCACUUUCGGUGUCUUAGCUACAGGGGCAAACAUCUCUGCUUUCUCCCCCUCAGUGAAACCAGUGCUCAAGUCAAAAAAGGAGGAGAUACUGCCUCUCAGUUCGACCCUGGCUAAACGCCCGUCUGGCCCUCUGGAGGUGGGAACGCCCUUCUACCAGGAUGGUCAGCUUCAGGUCCGAGUCUACUGGAAGAACCGCGGAGGUAUGCACCCUACUGUACUGAUUUAUAGCUUUGUUAAAAUCGAAUUAGCACUCCAUUAUACCCAUCAAUCACUAUGACUCAUGCGCAGUUUAAUAAAGUGCUGUGACUGAUUCUUAGUUACUCAAACAUUGGAGGAAUCCUUUUUUAUAAAGUGCUAUCAGAUGGUAUAAAUAAAAAAUGAAACAGUGUGAGUAAUGGGAGUAAAAUGGGUAUAAACCUGCACAUGCUCUGGUGGAGCCACUGUGUAGAAGAAGAACAAUAAACACACAGAGCUAAAGCCCUGCAAUGAGAUUUAUUGACAGCUGUAUUUAAUAGAUCCUCGCCCGCGCAUUAGAGACCAAGCGGCCCAUUUUGUUUUACAAGACCUGAUGUCAUCAGGAACAAGAACCGGUCUUUGGUUGCUGCGCAGCGAGGGGUUAAAGCCUAUAAGGAAUGCCUGUCCCAGCGGCGUCCAUUCCCCAACCCCGCUCCUCUUAAUACCAGAGUGGAAAUAUGGAAACCUUGAAAGCCGUGCUCUCAGGGUAACCUGUCAAGUCCCAUUCACUGGUCUAUGUUAUGUUGCUAAUAUAUGUCAUCGCCUCAGCCAAACUCCACAUCUUAGAGUCAAGAAUGCAAACGCUGGCUGGAGGAGAGGCCUGGUGAGACACCAAAUGCUGAAUCAGAGUGAGACAGAAAAGAUAGAGUUGGCCCAGAGCUGUUAGCGGAGCUUGGCCUGCGCUCACAGAGCUGAGUGAUGCUGACGAGGAUCAAGAGCGGCUGGGGAAUGGCAGUGUUGCAGAGCGGAGUUAAUCCAGGUCCAGGUCUUGUUUGCAGCGCUGGUGUGUACGCGACUGCCACUCAUUAGUCAGCGGGAUGACCCUGACUUUGACUCCGCACAUGCAGAUGGCCAGGAGAGUUGGAGUCCCUGGACAUCUGUUUCUUGUGACAGACUAAAGGGACAGGUUAACUGAACCGUGAUUUAACUCUCGCUCAUUGUCUCUGUGAUCCAGAGCAGUCGGGCUCUGGGUUCUCUCCAGCAGACAAAAGAGAGCUGUACUGUACGGCAGCCCAGAUAAUAUAUCACUGUCUGUGGACAAUAGACAGCAGACGUCCGGCGGUGGCGGUACUUCUAAGGCUCGCUUCCAGCUACGAUUUAUCAAACACUGCUGAUGCUCUGUUCUCUACCUGAUUUCCAUGUCCUAUUUCAUGUUUUACAUACCGCUCCCCCUCUCUGACAGACCAGCCUCAGCAUAUCUUGUUUAUUUUUUCCCGCUUCCCUGCAAUUUCUCUCUUCUGCUUCCAAAGAGCUCAGGGGCUCCGAGUUGCCAGAUCUGUGUCUAAGCCUUCAAAGGACCCCUUUUAUCUCCCCACUACAACCCAGGCCCCCGCCGAGGGGCCAACAUAGCAUAACUCAAUUAUUAAUUGGAGAAGUAUUCCACAUAUCCGAGCGACACAGAUGAAUGAAUUAUAAAUUUUGCAACAUAACAUGAAGGCGAUGGGCAGAUAAACACUACUGAUGAGCUCAGGAGGGGCUACUGUACAGUAAUGAAGAGAGAGUUGCAGCUGGAGUCGGAGGCUGAGAGGGCGAGUGUGUCCCAGCAUGACCAGGGCUGCUGCUCUGCUGAUGAGAAUGCAAAUCCUUAAAGUUGAAGCAGAAGAGUUUGGGGAAGGAACAGAGCCUUCAGCGCACAAACGGAAAGGUCUAAGAAAGCAGAGAAGCAUUUUUAAUAAACUAAUGCAAAGAUAAAGGAGGAAGUGCUUUCAAGUUUCCUCUUAUUUUCAGAGAUGCAAGUUUUCCUGAUUAUCAAUAAUGGAGAUAGCGAUAUCUGAUCUCUGAUAGGGAGUGUUGUAAUUUAGGAGAUACUCAUCAGUUAAUUAUUUCAGGCUGUCAGAUCGUCUUUUUAUGUCUGGCAAGAGUUCAGUGGGUCUGUUGGUGAAACAUAACUCUCAGUACAGUUAGUACAGUACGCUACAGUUUUAAUGUGUGUAAAGCUCUAACAAAACUCUGCAACUGCACAUUUUACACUGAUCCCACAACAGCCUGUUGAUGGUGUCACAGUACUAUAGUGUUGGGACAUUCUGUACAUACACUCUGGGCUCCAUUCAGAUGAGUGGAGGUAGUUCCUUUUUGAUUAAUGACAUUAUGUGACCAGUAGAUUUAGUUGAGGCUUUUGUCCAACAUAGCGUUGACUCAGUGAGAGCUCUCUGAAGCCCGUUGUCCUCUAAAAGACUAAUCAUCAUUGAUCAGGAGGAGCUCAGGGUUUAAGCUAACAACCAGUGCAAACAAACUGAUGACAUGCUUUUUUAUAAGAGCUACAGGUAACUUACAAGUUACUUUUUAAAUUAUGAUUUCACUACUAAAACCUAUGAUGCUCUGUAUAUACUGGGUUGUUCUGAUAAAAGGUUGAAUAAAUAACUUGGAAUUGCCUCCACCUUGUUUCUUUAUUUUUUUUUUCUCUUUAAUAUAAUUUUUUUAUUGAGUUUCAUGCUUCCACCACAGGAUACAUGACAUUUUUCCAAACAGUGUGAUAGCGUAACGUAACGUAACGUAACGUAACGUAACGUAACGUAACGUAACGUAACGUUACGUAACGUAAUGUAACGUAACGUAAUGUAACGUAACGUAACGUAACGUAAUGUAACAUAAUUUAUCAUAAUUUAUCAUAAUUUACAUUCUUGUUUGGUGGUGCCGGAAUAACAUGAAACCCUUAACAUGUGUCCAUCUUGUUUCAAGUCAGCCUUAAUAUAUCCAGCAAGCGAAAAUUAUGUAUUGAUCAAAUAAUGGGGAAAAAAAAAACCUUAAUUGGCGCCUACUCUUUCUGUCUGUCAUGUGUCAACAACUAUUUUUCGGGACUUAAAUGUUGAAAGAAAGAAAUGUUUUCUGAGAAUUCAGCCUAGUCAAAAGAUCAGAUCAAUGUCACGUGAAAAAAUUAAUCAAAUUUUAGCGGAACCUGCUUUGUCCACAGAGGGCGCCAAAGUCAACACAAAUCAAAAGUCCCAUACAGGAGCUUUAAGUGUUUGAAUUCAGGACUUAGACUUGCUGUGGGUUUUGGUAUUGUUUUAAAAAACAUAACAAAAGUCAGAGAUUUUCUUGUGAUCAGAGUUGUUUCUUUGCUGUAUUGUGAGGUUUCUCUUCUCUUUUCUAUUUCAGACCCCGCUGUGAGCCGCUACCAUGUUCAAUGGGUGCCUGAGUACUGCAGCCACAACGAGACCCGAGGACCAGAGAAAUCAGUCACGCAGGUAAAGUCUUAAAACAGCUGCUUCACACUGCCUCCUAUUGAGAGUCUGAUCACAGAGGGAGUGAAAAGGAGAGAGCUACGGCUUGAUCAGCAGCUCUGUCCUAUGCAAAGCACGUGCCUAACCUUUUGUCUGAUGCCCAGAAAGGACAGCUCUAAAGAAAACAGCUCUACUAAGUAAGCCCUGUAAGCGCCUGACUCGCUCUGAAAUCACUGGCUGUUGUUUUGAAUAUUAUGAGUCAGUCGUGUGGUCAGCCAUGUGGUGUGUUGGCCAAUAAAACGCAUUUACUUAAACAAUGUUUCCCGGAAUCCGGGUUCAGUCACCUCCAACGGCCCCGGCACUGCUCCUGCAUGGGGCUUUCUUUUGAGGGAGCAGUCGAAGUCUGUGUAGGGGAUGGGAGAGUCUGGCAGUGGUGUUGUUGGUGGGGGGUUCAGGCUGAUGCAGCAUGGCAGAGGCCUGGCAAUCAACACAUUCUUUGGGGAGCAGCGCUCUGGUUGCUAGGAAAUAUACAUCCUUUUUCUAUAGAUCACUGGGAUGGAUUCCAGGCCUGCGCUUUCAUGUGAGCACAGCGCCUCAUUCACUUUUAAUCAAAGCUGUUUCAUAUCAGUGAGAAUAUACGCACACCCUCUCUCAGGGGACGGCCUAUUAAUGUAGAAGCUCUUUAUUACAAAUGCAAGAUCUACAUCCACCAGUCAGCUGGAUCCUUUUUUGUUUUCUCAAGGAGCGACGAGAAAGGCAUUUUAUGAGAGGAUCAAUAGAUGAUUAAAGUCUGAAAUGAGUGAAAAGUGUAGCGCAGAAUUAAUCAACAUGGAUUCUCCUUUUAAAUAACAUAUUCAUUCAAUCUGGCGACUGCUUUGUAAUUAAAUUCUUCUUGUCUUUAUGCUACAUAUGGAAGCUGUAUAAAAAUCAUUUAUAUCAUGAGUUAAAUAGAAGAUAAGUGGUCUAACCCCCACCAUGUGAGUGUUCAGUGUCCUGUAAUGUGGGGCAUGUUCAGAGAAAAGUAAUCCGCUCCGUCGCUGUGUAUUUAAUUAUCUCUGAAGCUCCAUGGGACCUGACCUGGGUGACAUGUCAAAGUCAUCAUGGCUGAAUAAUGUGUUUCUUGGCUCAGGAGAACUACAUCAACCUCCCCGGCCUGCUGUUCUCCUGCAAGUACAAAGUCACUGUGCACAUGCUGAAGUCUAAGAGACGCUCCAAGGACGAGAGCACCACCUUCCUCACCCCAUCCUGUGCCACCAUCCGGAGCAAGACUCACAAACACAUCCCCUGCCCCGGGGAGGGGGGUGAGUAUUGAGCUGUUGGAUCCGUAUUAGUGCAGACACAGUAAUCAGACACUGCAGCGUAUUAUUACCAUCAUGAUGGAGAAAAUCAAUGCACUCUCACAGAGAGAGAGCCAGAGAGAGAUUUACAUUCCAGGAUGCAGAAUAAUUUGCUUUCUCGCAAUGAGUUGAAUAAAAUAUAAAUAAAACUUUCAUGCCUCUGCAUCCAGCAGCUGAUUAGUUAAGAUCAGCAUAAUGAUGGUAAACAGGGGUACUCUGUCCUCAGCUCCAAAAACUCACCAGAUUGCAAAAAAUAUUUUAUUUUCUUUGUAAACAACACAUUUCAAAACAAUUGCAAAGUUUCAGCAAUAAAAAGUCCCUCUAUAUGCCCAAAGACUGUUAUUUAACGACUUUUUGUUCAAAUUAUGUCAAACUGACUGCAUGUGACGGGGUUUCAGUCAUCUCGCAGGAUUCUCAUUUGCAUAAUCACCGUUCACUAUCCGUCUCAUUCCCCAGGCACCAACUUCAGACAUAAACAAGUUGGCAGAAAAUGAUGAUUGAAAUAUGAUUGUAUUGAUUUAAAUGAUGAUAAUUUAAGUCUACAGCUUAAAAAAACACUCCCUCUUCACUCUGAUACCACAGUCUGUGACAUGUUUAUGACAGCAGGUUCAGGUCAGCUGUCUUGUGGUGUGAAUUAACAUCUAAUGUCCAAAUCAGUUCAUGAUCAAUUUCAAACCUUUUCAAUUUCCAUCGGUAGAAAUAUCAGACAAGAUGAACAGGUCCCCCAUUUAUUUUGACAUUUCUGUCCUCAUUCAGCUCUCCUUGGGGCUUUAAAAUGGACAAAUCUUUAAACAUAAAUAAAGCAAAUGUCUCUUGUUUUUACUCUGCUGCUAAAACCACUUCCUCUUGUGGCUUUGCGGAUUGAUUUGUAGAUACACUCUUUCUGCAGUAAGCCACUCUAAGCAGGUGCUUACCUGACCCCAGCGGUGCAGUUUCAGUUCAAACAUGCGUGUUGUAUUAAUCUUCUCCACUCAUUCUUGGCAGAGCAGUUGCACUACUUUUUCAAUGUCAACCCUCAUCUGAAACAACAUUUCUCCUGACAGCGCCUGCACUUCCAAAGGUUUUGGCUAAACCGGAGAACCUGACGGCCUCCUUUGCCAUAAACGAAGGAAACAUCACUGGCAACUUCUUGUGGCGUGUGUCCAGGGUAGCUCCGCAUCAGCGAAUCACAGGCUUCCAGGUCACCUGGGCUGAGAUCACCACUGAAAGCCGACAAAACAGCCUCCCAAACAGCAUCAUCUCCCAGUCCCAGAUCCUGCCUCCAGUAAGUUUGUUUCCAUUAGAGCAGGAUUGAUGUCUUUUCUCUGCUAACUCCUGCAAAACCCACGGAGUAAAGACAUUUUUCAAACGCUGUAGAUGAAUAUUUCCAUUCACCAAAGGGACCAGGCUCUGUUAUAUAUCAUCAAUAAAUUGUCCCUCUCAGUAGGAAAGUAUGUUCUGUCUUCACAUUUCAUUUCUCAGCACCUGUCAGAGGUGAGGGUGAUGCGAGGAUAAGAUUGUUGUGGUCUCUUUGCAUGAAUCCUGUGAUAGGCAGCCUUGCGCGGACAGGCACAGGGAGAGAUUUGAGGAAGUGUUGUGUCCUGCUGGAAGUUCUCCUCCUCUACCUUUUCAUCUGCUUUUACAUCUCCCUCUUUCAUCCUCACUAAGAGCUCUGAAAACAGCCGCUCUUUGACAUAAUCUACUCCAUCAACAACACGUUCCGCCUAUCUGCACCUCCCAGCCUCUGGAGCUUGUCUAUAAAUAAAACCACCCACUGCACACUUUAUCAAGCUGGCAGCGAGAAAGAGAGACAGUGAGCCUUAUGAAAACAAAGUCUUUGUUUUUGUCUGCGGCUUGUGCAAAGACAGCUUCGCAGCUGACACUCCCUGGUUUACAGUCUGUUUGAAUUCAAGUCACGUCAUAUUCAAACGCACAUUCUGCUGUAUUUCCACUGAUUGCGUGUCUCCUUCCUCACUUGGCAGGAUCAUAACUUGCUUGUAGUGUCCAAUCUGCGGCCGUCCACCUACUACAGACUGGAAGUGCAGGUCAUAACAACUGGAGGAGAAGGUCCCGCCACUGUCAAGACCUUCCAGACCCCAAACAUAUUACCAGUCAUUCAACACCGUAAGUGUUCAGUCAAUGUGUUUGAUGCUUUUUUCCACUGACACAUUUUAUAUCAAUCAUGUUAAAGCUCUCAUUUCAGAACACUGACACCAGCCAGCAUACAAACUCUUUUAUUUUAAUAGUGAUAGGUAAAGGUAAAAUAAAGUGAAAACUCUAAAAACAAUGUUGCAGAAACUUAAAAAAAAAGGUUUUGCCUCGCAAGUUUAUUUGUGGGAAAAUCUCAAAAAUAAUUAGAGUCAUUUGCAACAAGCUUGUGACAUGACAGGGUUUAAAAAAAGUCAUUCCAGAGAGGACGAGUCUCUCAAAAGUAAAGGCAGGGAGAGAUUUGCCACUUUGUGAGAAACUGCAUGAGCACAUAGUUCAACAACAUCAUCUUAAUGUACCUCAAGGUAAAAAUGGCAAGAAUUUGGGGAUCUCAUUAUCUGCCGUGCUUAAUUUUGUUUAAUCAUUCAGAGAGCCCAGAGUAAUCUUGACACAAACGCAAUUGGCCAGUAAUUGAUGGCCACGAUUUUCAGGCAGCACUGCAUAGAAAACAGACAUGGCUCUGUAGUGGAAAUCACUGCAUGAGCUCAACACCAUUUGUCACUGUAUCCACAAAUGCAGGUUUAAACUGUUUAAUGCAAAAAGAAAACCAUUUAUAAACAUGAUCCAGAGAUUCUGGGCAACUUUUUUUUUAAUCAGUUUGUUUAUCAUGUUGAUGUGAAAUAAGAUUUAUUAUGUACAUAUUUUUCUUAAAGCUUCUAUGAGGAGUUUUUUGGUGUUGAUAAAACAAACUGAAAUUGACAUUGUUGCUUCUUUUCAUGAUACACAAAGAAAACAGGACCAUCAGUGACAAGAUUAAAGAUUUUUAUAUUGUCAUUUUUAAUGCCUGAAAUUGGUGUAAGGCGGGGUAAGUGACAGUGCUGUUUAUAACGUAGAUGUAUAAGAGGUUAAUCAAGGUACUAAAUCCACAGAGACUUAAAGCUUUCCCCUCUCUUUACGCUAACUUGUUGUAGUUUUCUGUUAAAUACUGUUUUGGUCUCACAUUGUUUGCAGUCGUGUCUCCCAAACAGCAAAAGACUCAGAUGUUUAUCAUUAACUGGUGAGCAGCAACAAAAGGAAAGUACACAUUGAUUUUGUUUAGCGUUUUGAUCAACAGUUUGCAAAAACACUUCAGAUAAAUGUUUCCUUGAAUCAACUGGAAAGAGGCAGCUGCUUUCUUGCAGGUUCACCAUAUUGACUUUUUUAAGGGGAUAAUAUUUCAGGUUUUGUUUACAGCUUGUUUCAGCUGCCCUCCGGUUACUCAAUUGUCAGGAAAAAAUUAUUAUUGUUCUCCCACCAAAUUGUUGGUCUAAGGCAGCAAGUUUUUACAGAAAAGACACCUUAUGGUGUUUAGCACAGCAAAAACAGAGGAUGUAAAAAGUAUUUAUGGACUGGUUGAGAAGUUAAACACUACUUUUUAUGAAACAACAAAAGCUCUGAUUUAAGAAAGUUGUUUAUCAUCUGGUUGUUCUCUGUUUGUGCUAUCUAGGGCCCAGACUCCGGCAGCACCACUCUCACCACCAGAAACCUUCAGUAGAGAGGCACUGAGCUGCUGCAUGUGGAGGAAAAGCCCCAAUAGGGAGAAGAACCAGUGGCUCUCUGCUCCUGUCUGUCAGGGAAGGAAUGUGUGGAACCAAACAGAAACACAGCGCACCAGACCAUGAACUGACCCCCUCUGUUGUCAAAUCUGGGUCCAUCCUCUCCAGGCUCCACAACACAUCAGCUAUUCCUCCUGAACCCUCUCUGUUGACUGCUGCGUGUCACCUGACGGGUUGCUCUCUGUACAGUGACAUUUCUACUGCGAGGUCUCAUAUUUCUGCGUCGGUUAGUCGUUCACAACUCUCCAACACAUCCCCAACUUACCAGGAAGGUAUGCCAUGCAAAAAAAAGGUAAAGUAAACUUGCUGAUCACAUUUUAAAAUUUCAAUUCGAUCAUUAAGAGAAAAACAGAAACAUUUGGAAGAUGGCGAAACAUGGAUGCGAGCAAAUGCAAGACGUGUAAAACCAUUGUUUAUUCAUGAAGAAAUAAGAGUAGAAAAUCCUCUAUUUAUUUUGUGUUACCCAUUAAAAAGGCGCUUAGGCACAGUCAGUACUGAUGGAUAAUGUAACUAAAGUCAUUGUUGUCUAACCCAGAAUAUUUCGCAUAGUAUGUUGCAUGUAGUACAUUUGAUUUUUGACCUGUAAAUGAAUUACUUGCUUCAAAUUGAAAGCUUGUAAUGGUUUUGCAUGACAAGCAUUAGCAUUCUGUUGGCAUGAAAUACUGUCUGUGUUACCUCUUUUCACUAUGUUAGCAAUAUUUCAUUAACAGAUUAACAAAGAACUAUAUUGGGAGUCAUAUGUAAUGUUUAUUAAUGAAAUUAUAACUUGUGUGGAAAUGAUGAAUUGUACAUGUUCUUGGCUGUAGAAAUAUUUGUCGUGGAACAGUCAGUGAAUGUCUAUAUUUAUUUAUGUGUGUAUUACAAAGUUUGGUUUGGAUGUGUGUGAAUGUGUAUGUUUUUGUGUGUUUUAGUCUCAAGUUUUUGAAACCGGCAAAAAAUCUUGUAAAGACAUUUUGUAAAAAUGGAAUUGUAAAUACAGUCUUAUGUUACAUGUUAUUUUUCCAUGGUAGAAACUGUACAAAAUGCGAAGUAAUAAAAUAAUCCUUAACCAGUU